AUCCCAAGUGAACAGUAGGAAAAAAGCAGAAGAGACAGCACAGGAAUGAGAUAUGUAUUAUCAUGAAGUGGGUGGAAGCUGGGAUGAGGAAAUUGGGAGCCACUGCACUGAAUAUGUUCAGCUGGCCUUUAUGUCCGCCUGUCUGUCCAUUUUUGUGGGAGGCAUCCUCCUCAUCUUGAUGUUCAGAGUAAUUGAAUACACAUUGAAGUCCUUGUUUAAAUUUGCUGGAUUUAAGGUAAACACACAAUUGGAUGCUGAGCAAGGAGGGUUUGCGUGCCUGGACAAUAUACAGCAGAUGGAACUAGUUACAGCUGGUUACUAAGAACCAUCCUUGGGGAGGCAUCUUGAUUCUUUGGGGUGGGGGGUGCUUUCUCAGUCCCCAACCACACAUCAGGGAUAAAAUAUUGGUGCCAUUGUACUCAAAUAUACAUUUCAAUUUAUCUUGUGUGAUGUUCUGACAACAUACAACAACAUACAUGUGCAACAGUAAACAGCUCAUGAGCAUGGCCUUGGGAAAUAUAACCGAAAAGGCUAAGAAAAAUGUAAACAAAUUGAAGAAACAGAAAGCUGGGACUGGCUGUGAAUUAUCUAGUUCUGCUGCUCAUGAUUGCUAUCCAGUUGUUUGUUGUAUGUUUUUAAAGAAUUGGGGAGUGUUAGCGGAAUUUGCGUAAUUUUCUCUAUUUGUUUUUAUUGUUAACACACCAACACGCUGAGGGGUUUCCAAUAUUUCCAGAAACCACACUUCUCUCACCCUCUUUUACACUUGUGUCUGUUAUUUAAUAUUCGGGCUUGGUGCUCCAAUAGGAGAUCUGCCUUGCUCACCAGCACGAUCAAAAUGAGCAGGUGUGUGCUUAGUUUUAAAGCCAUUUCCCCCCCGCCCAGUUUCCUCAAAAGAUUCUGCCCCUAUUUAAACACCUGGUCAGUGUUCUCAUGUUUUUACAGAGACAGCUGUGCAGAUUUCAGUUGUGUGGCGAAGUGGGGAUGUGGAGAAGUAGCAGGGGCAUACACCAAUAAUCUGAGAGAUGAGAGCACGCUGCUUGCCUGUAGCACAGCAAUGUGGAUUGUGGCCCUUUUCAAGGACUCAGCUCCUUUCUUUCCCCCUUAAUAGACUCGAAGGAUGCCUAGGUUAAAUCUGUGGAAGAGACACUUUCAGGUUUGGGUGGUCAGGAUGAUCUCUGCUCAGACUGUUGUGGGACGUAUACUGGUGAGUUGUUUAAUUAAUAUGUACGCAUUGGGAAGGGAAGUAAAAUUAUUAUUAUUAUUAUUAUUAUUAUUAUUAUUAUUAUUUAUUUGAAUUUAUAUACCACCCUAUACCCGGGGGUCUCAAGGCGGUUCACAUAAUAAAAUCAAGCUAUAAAACUACAUAAUAAAAAUAAGAACAACAACCCAAUAGCUUCCCCCCCACACACAAAAACACAUUUUAAAUUGGCAUAGGAUGUCAAUCAAAUCAGCCAAAGGCCUGGUUAAAAAGGAAUGUUUUUGCCUGGCGCCUAAAGGUGUAUAAUGAAGGCACCAGGUGAACUUCCCUCUGAAGAGCAUGCCACAGAUGGGGAGCCACUGCAGAGAAGGCCCGUUCUCAUGUUGCCACCCUCCAGACCUCUUGAGGAGGAGGGACAUGAAGAAGUACUGAUUAUUUGAAUAUACAUGAUACUGCAGUAGGAGAGAUGGCAGGGCUGCAAUAUGAUAACCACCCCCAUACACAGUUCUUGUGUUCAGGCACCACAAAACAACACCACUCAUGCAAAAUCAGAAGGUACAGGCAGAUUCAAUAAAAUCUCAAGGCUUUCCAAAGUACAAAAAGAAAAAGAACGUUAGGAGAAAAAACCCUAUCCAGAAUACUGCAGUCGGAAGCAGUCUCCAGGCAGAAUUCAUCAAAAUGUCUGGGAAAAUCCAGACAUAUGGCAACCCAUGUCGGCUGUGUUGUUUUUGCCGAUUUUCCGUAAAAUAGCUCAAAAACAUCAACCCUGGGUAUGGCACUCCACACUGUAACUUUAUGUUGCAGGUUCAGUUUGUUAUUUCAGUUAGUGAUGUGUGAGGUUCAUUGUGGCUUACAUUGGGGAUUGGCUCAGAUAUAAGCUGGACUACUUUCCCACCAGGGAUGCGGGUGGCACUGUGGGUUAAACCACUGAGCCUAGGACUUGCUGAUCAGAAGGUCGGCGGUUUGAAUCCCCGUGACGGGGUGAGCUCCCGUUGCUUGGUCCUGUUCCUGCCAACCUAGCAGUUUGAAAGCACGUCAAAAUGCAAGUAACGUAGAUAAAUAGGUACUGCUCUGGCGGGAAGGUAAACGGUGUUUCCGUGCGCUGCUCUGGUUCUCCAGAAGUGGCUUAGUCAUGCUGGCCACAUGACCCAGAAGCUGUACGCCAGCUCCCUCAGCCAGUAAAGUGAGAUGAGUGUCGCAACCCCAGAGUCAUCUGUGACUGGACCUAAUGGUCAGGGGUCCCUUUACCUUUACUUUCCCACCAAACCCUAAAAAAUAGCUCAGCUUAUUUCCAAGCCAAGCAAUAUUUGACUUCCUCUGCUUUGAGGUCAGCAUUACAUGAUAUGGAAGCUCAAAUGCAGGCCCUAAGCCCACAUGCUCCACCAAAAUCUCUGUUGUCGAAAGUUCAAGACCUAUAAUGACAAUGUACGGCAAUAUAUGGACAGAUUGCGCUCUCCCAAAAGAUCACAAACUUACAUUCCAGUCCUAAGCCUCAUAGAUUUUACUUCCAGCUAAAUGUUCUUUGGAUUGAAGCCGACCACUUCUGAUCUUAAAUAGCAUUUGCUUGGAGGUAAGCUCCAUUGAUUUCAGUGGAAUUGGCUUGUAUUCUGAGUAAUAGCAUUUUAAGAUCAGAGUGUACCAGAGCAUUCACACCAGUUUUUCCCUACUAGUAGAUGCCUCAUAUUCUGGACAGAGUCAGUGAUUAGUGCACCACUUCCAACUUCAAUUGCAGUCAUGCUGUCAAUCACAUCAACCUCCCCCUCCCCAGAGUUUUAUGAAUGCAAACAUGUGCAACCUGGACAUGCUACAAUUCCUGAAUUAGUUUUAGAAAUUAUAAUUUAAAACCAAGAUUCAGGAAGAGUGGACAGCAGGGCAAAGUUAAAGAGAGAAACAGUUUUUAAAAAAUGGAACCAGGGGAAGUUACAAAUCCCAAAUUCAUAUAAAGUGUGGCAAUGAAACUGCUAGCACAUUUGGCAAGCUAAGCAGGGUCUGUUAUGGUUUCAAACUGGAUGGGGGACCAUGUGUUGAGAUUCCUGCAUUGCAGUGGGUUGGACUAGAUGACUCUUGGGGUCCCUUCCAAUUCUACAAUUCUAUUAUUCUAUGUGUGCUGUGUAAAAUUGAAUGCACUGUGUAAAAUUGAGGGUUGUUUUAUGUUACCCUAAGAUUUUAUCUGAUGAUGGUUGCAAAUAAUAAUAAUUUAUGUUGUGACAUCUGUGUACAUUCCUGGACAUGUUUAAUUUCAUGUGCUGAAAAAUAUGUAUAUAAAAACAAACAGUGCUUGAUACAGAUUAAUCCAUUUGUACCAUUCCUGCAUAGUACGAACUGUGUGAUGAACAUAUGCUUGGAAAGAGACGGUGUAUCAUCACAAAAUAAAGUGUCCAGUAAUCUGCACAUGAAAGCCAUAAGGUGUACAUCCACCCAACAUUUUAGUGAAGUUUAAAGGAAAGGAUGGGGAACUUGUGCCCUCCAGUUAUUGUUGGACUUAUUUUUUACCAGCCACAGCUAGCAUAGGCAACACCCAGGGAUAAUGGGAGUUAGAGUCCAAGUGGGUCUGAAGGGCUACAGAGUCCCCAUCCUUGUUUUAAAAAGAGAGUAAAAUGGUUUCGCAUCUUGAUAUUUGAAUGGCAUGAUUUAGAAUCAGCUGGAUUUUCAUAUCGGUUUCCACUGUUUUAGGUCAUACUGGUGUUCCUGUUUAGCAUUGGAUCACUCAUCAUUUACUUCAUCAACUGUCAAAGGUAAUUAUAAUUCAGAUAUCUAUCCUAAAGUGUAUUUUUAAUUUGUUGCUUUUUUAAAAAAAACAAGUGAUAUAGGUAUUCAAAAUAUUUGUAUCCUCUUUUCUCUUGAAAUCACCAAGAUGGCAAAAACACAAGCAACAGGGAAGGAUAAUAAUAAUAAAAUAUAACAUAUAACAUAAUAAAAAUAAAAUAAUAAUAAAAAGACAAUGUUAAAAUUCAUAUUGAAACUCUCAGUAAUCCAUCAAUCACAUUAAAAAUCAAAUGCACAAAUUAUAUUGGGAAGGAGCACUCCAAGAAAUGCUCACUAGAAUUAUAUUUGGAGGCAAAAUGCCCCAAAAUAUCUAUCUAUGCGGUGAGCAGAGGUUGAAAGGUGAGCAAAACAUGGAGCCAGGUGGUCUUCCCUUGGGGACACAGAAAAUGCCUUCUCCCCCCAACUAUUUGUCAUAUUUCUGAUGUUAGAGGAACCUGUAGCAGGAUUCAGGCUGACCUCAGCCCUCAUAGGAAGCUCCCUAUACCAGUCAGAACCAUUGGCACACCUGGAUUGCUAUAGUUCAGACAAUGGUUGGCAGCAGUUUUCCAGUGUUUCAGACAAGAGUCUUUCCUAACCCUGCCCAGAAAUGGUACAAGGCAGCUCCCUAUGUUUCUGAGCCAGACCAUUAGACCAUCUAGCUAAGUCUUGUCCACAAUGGCUGGCCUCAGCUCUCCAGAGCUUCAGGCAGGAGUCUCUCCUGGUCCUACCUGGAGAUGCCAGGGACUGAACCAAGGGUCUUCUGCAUGCAUGGUUUUGACCUUUAAAGCCCUUCACGGCCUAGGACCCUCGUAGCUACAGGACCACCUCUCCCGGUAUGCCCCACGGAGGACCUUAAGGUCCAUAAAUAGCAACACCCUAGUGGUCCCGGGCCCUAAGGAAGUCAGAUCAGCCUCAACCAGAGCCAGGGCCUUUUCAACACUGGCUCCGGCCUGGUGGAACGCUCUGCCUCAUGAGACCAGGGCCCUGCAGGAUCUGAUUUCUUUCUGCAGGGCCUGUAAGAAAGAGUUGUUCUGCCUGGCCUUUGGCUUGGAGCUAAUUUGAUUCCCUCCCCCUCUUUCUUUUUCCUUUCUCCUCCUGUGAUGAGUCUGCAUUUUAAUGUUUUAAUGUUGUAUUUUAAUCUUGUUUUUUUAAGUUGCAUUUCAAUCAACUUGUUUUUUAUUGGUUGUUAGCCGCCCUGAGCCCAGUCUUGGCUGGGGAGGGCAGGGUAUAAAUAAUAAAAAUUAUUAUUAUUAUUAUUAUUAUUAUGCAAAGCAGAUGCUCUGCCAUAAAGUUACGGCCCUUCCCGAUGCCAGGGAUUGGGCCUUUUGCAUGUGAAGCAUAACAACAGAAGAAGAGCUCUUCUGGCUCAGUCUCAUCCAGUCUAGGAUCCUGUUCUCACUUGGCCAACCAGGUGCCCAUGAGGAACCUGCAAUCAGAACCUAAUUGCAACAGCAGUCUCCUUACAUGUGUUUAACCACUGAGCUGGUGGUUACUCUUGCUCAAAGGCUCAUAUGUGAGUAGACAGUGAUACUCUUGUUCUAGGCCAUGUAGGGUUUUAAUUAAAGCAACAACCUCAGUACUUUGAAUUGAUCUUUGGAACCUACUGGUAACAAACACAGAGGAGACAGUAGCGGCACUAUGUGGUGUGUUUGCACAGUGUGUAUGUUUUGGCUUUCACAUUCAGAUUAAAGUACUAUAUUCCAUACUUUAUUCAGAAAUUUAAAAUACAAGGUAUUCUAUCAAAGUCGCUAAUACUCCAAAUUGAGGACCCACAUGAGCAGCUGGGGAAUAAAUGGUGAGAAAACAGCUACUGUAUCUGUUAGAUACUUGCAACUGAAGCAUAUGGUCCAGCUAAAAGAUAUAGGGUACAGGCUACAUCUUGAAAAGUGGGAUUUUUUUUUUUCUGGGUUGGAAACAGCAACAUCAUAUUGAAAAGCACAAAUCAAUAUGGCUUUGGCAAUUUCGUUCUGUCAUUCUGCACUUGUCAAAAACACAAAAUGUGGAAACUGUCAAAGGUGCCAAAUGGAAUGUGAAAUUCAACUUGUUGAUAUUUGGGAGGGGACAUAGCAUGGUGAUGCAGCAUGAGGGUGGUUUUCCUCAGUUGCUGCCAGUUCUGAAUAUCUCAUUGAACCCAAAUUUGCUUUUAAUGACAAAUCUUGCACAGUCUACAGUGGUACCUCGCAAGACGAAUGCCUCUCAAGACGAAAAAUUCGCAAGACGAAAGAGUUUUUCGUUUUUUGAGUUGCUUCGUGAGACGAAUUUCCCUAUGGGCUUGCUUCGCAAGACGGAAACGUCUUGCAAGUUUGUUUCCUUUUUCUUAAAACUGUUACAGUAAUACAGGGUGCAUUGCUUGAAGAGGUGCCGUUGCGACUUGACUUCGGGGAGCAACUCAUAGCACGCGGUGUGGUAGCCUUUUUUGAGGUUUUUGAAGAUUUUUUGGAAAAAAUUGAAACCGUGCUUCGCAAGACGAAAAAACUCGCAGAACGAAUUAAUUUUGUCUUGCGAGGCACCACUGUAUACUGGUUGAAGGAAGAGAGUCAGGCAUAUGUCACACCUUAAUAUGCUUUACAAGCAUAUGCUUUGCAAACAAAAGGUCCCUGGUUUGAUCUCUGUCAUCUCCAGAUGAGUAUUUCCCUAACCCUUCCUCAAAUCCUAGAGACUAGAUAUAGCAUAUUAUAGUUCCAUUGUUCCCAUGAAAAAAAGUCAAUGUAGUGAUGAGUGUCAUAAAAUGGGCCAGAUUAACCACAGCAUAGCAUUCCACUCAGACUUCCAUUAUCAAAACAAGGACCAUUCAUUGCCCAUGUCUCCAAUCGCUCAUGACUCUACACUGGCUGCUGUGUGGUGCCCUAUUCAAUAGCCUGGCUUAUAUUAAUUUGAAAAGCAACUACGGCAUGUUGGCCUCCUCUUUGGUUAAAAUUAGUGCAGCAGCAGCAGCAACAACAACAACAAAUCCAGCUCCUCCUGUGAUGAACCCCCAAAAUCCACCUCUCUCCUUACCUAAUCUAAAUUACAGAAAGCUUCUUACUCUUUAUACAAAGCCAGGAACUUCAGCUUAUCUCAGGCACCUGCCCCGUCUCCUAGUAACUUAACUGUUUCAGACGGAUUGACUUAAAGCAAAACAGCACUCCCCCUCCAUUGUCCUACAAUAUAUAUCAUAGAAUCAUGGAAUUAUAGUUGGAAGUGAUAUCAAGGGUCAUCUAUUUCAACCCCUGCAAUGUAGAAAUCAGAGCUAAGGGAUCCCUGCCAUCUAGCCUCUGUUUAAAAACUCCCAGUGAAGGAGAGUACAGCACUUUCUGAGGUGCCCCUUCUCAGUUUCUGAAUUCCCACUGAAUGGCCUUUGCCCAGAAACAGGAGUCUUCCAUGUUUUUUUGCUAGCUUCACUCCUAGAAUAAGUGUUAGUGCUGGUUCUGGCUCCAGAUGAUGACGAACCUAUGACAAAAAAAAAUGGGUGAAAUCAUGCCAAAGUCAUAUUUUGGUCUGCCAACUUGAAUCAGAAUGGUGCCUGGCAUCCUAUCAUUGACAAAGAUUGCCACCCCCACCUCUGGAAUGCUUGCAUUGGUUGUGGUGACAGUAUCUUGAGAUGUGGUCGAAUCUAUGCCAGAAGGCUGGUGAAGUCAUGCUAAAAUCAGGUUUUCAGUCCAUCAUCUUGAUUCAAAAUGGUGCCCUAAAUCCAAACAUUGGCAAAUACUACCACCUCUUCACCUCAGGAACCCUCAUGCUGAGUUUGGUGAUAGUAUAUGAAGUGGCAUCCAAAUCCAAAGAGAGCAGAGGAACAAACAGACAAACAAACCACGUCCCACAAUAUUUAUUUCUAUCCCAAAUUUCAUCCAAUGAGCUCAGGGUUAUGUAUUUUAACCUUUUAAUAUUUUGUUGGAAGCUGCCCAGAGUGGCUGGGGAAGCCCAGCCAGAUGGGCGGGGUAUAAAUAAAUUAUUAUUAUUGUUAUUGUUAUUAUUAUUAUUAUUAUUAUUAUUAUUAUUUACAUAGAACUCUGGUCUCCCUGGUCUCAGUCCAAGAAUCUAACCAUUAAACUACACUGACAUGGGAAUUCAUAUCGGCCUGUAAACAAUAAUGAAUCCCUUUCCCUCUCUUCUCCAGUGUUAAACAGUUCUGUCUCUCAUUUGAAGACCAGACAGUUUUUGUUGACCUCUUCUUCAAUUUAUUCUUCCUCUUUUACUUUGGAUUGCGGGUAAGAAAUAUUUUUCUUUUAUAAAUUAAUAGGGAAAGUCAUGGCCAUGCAUAAAGGAAUGUGCAGAUGUUAGAAUAACAUAUGGCAAAACUGAGGAGAUGUAUCUCCCCCAACACUGCCCCAACACUCUCAGUAGCAGGUGAAGUACUAAACUUUUUUUCCCCCAAGUGGCUGGUGAAAAGUCACUUCAUGAAAUGCAUGAUGGGAGACAUCUGUCAGCAGGGCUGGCCCACCCAUGAAGCAUGGUGAAGUGACUGCCUCAGGUGGUCAGAUCCACAGGGGCAACAGAUUCUGCUUCUGCCACUCUGGUGGCAGUGACAUCUGCAGUCUGCUCCUUGGAGGCCAGGUAUUCUGCCUCCUCAGCAGUCGCCCACCCAAGCUGCCUCUGCUGCAGCCUCUCAGUGACCAGGAGGUGCUGCUGGUCUCAUCCCACCCAGAGGAAAGAAAUAACAGAUGCUGCCCUGCAAAGGGACAGCUGACCUAGAACCUCAUCAAUGUGAUCAGGAGCCCAGUUCAUCCACAGCUCAUGUGAAAGAACCUGUGCAAAUGAAGCCAGCCUCUGUAUAAUUGGGAACCCCCUUUGGCUUCAUAUACACUCGCGCGCGCGCGCACACACACACACACACACACACACACACAUAUAUAUAUAUAUAUGCUUUAUUGUUCAAACUUGCAUCUGUACGUCAAAGACAUAAAGGUAAAGGUAAAGGGACCCCUGACCAUUAGGUCCAGUCGUGACCGACUCUGGGGUUGCGGCGCUCAUCUCGCUUUAUUGGCCGAGGAAGCCAGGGUACAGCUUCCAGGUCAUGUGGCCAGCAUGACUAAGCUACUUCUGGCGAACCAGAGCAGUGCACGGAAAUGCCGUUUACCUUCCCGCCAGAGCGGUACCUAUUUAUCUACUUGCACUUUGACGUGCUUUCGAACUGCUAGGUUGGAAGAACAGGGACCAAGCAACGGGAGCUCACCCCGUCGCAGGGAUUCAAACCGCCGACCUUCUGAUCAGCAAGCCCUAGGAUCAGUGGUUUAACCCACAGUGCCACCCGCGUCCCUGGUGGGAAAGUAGUCCAGCUUAUAUCUGAGCCAAUCCCCAAUGUAAGCCACAAUGAACCUCACACAUCACUAACUGAAAUAACAAACUGAACUGCAACAUAAAGUUACAGUGUGGAGUGCCAUACCCAGGGUACUGCUAGGUUGGAAGAACAGGGACCGAGCAACGGGAGCUCACCCCAUCACGGGGAUCUGAACCACUGACCUUCAGAUCGGCAAGUCCUAGGCUCUGUGGUUUAACCCACAGCGCCACCCGCGUCCCCUAUCAAAGACAUAUCUUCCUUAUUUUGCAUAUGUCAGUUUUGUCAAAAUGAAAAUCCAACAAAAGAAUGGACAGUUUGAAAGCACUCAGUGCAAGUAGAUAAAUAGGUACCACUCUGGCGGGAAGGUAAACGGCGUUUCCGUGCACUGCUCUGGUUCGCCAGAAGCAGCUUAGUCAUGCUGGCUACAUGACGCAGAAGUUGUACGCCAGCUCUCUCUGCCAGUAAAGUGAGAUGAGCGCCGCAACCCCAGAGUCUUCCACGACGGGACCUAACUGUCAGGGGUCCCUUUACCUUUACACUAUAUUUAGUACAUAUUUUGACUUCUCAUCCUUUCCCAAUUUUUCCACUCUAAUAAACCUAUUGCCUCAAUAUAUUAGUCAUGAAAUAAUAAUUUUCAUACAUAUAUAAAUCUAUUUUCUCCCUUUUAAUCUAUAUUACUUGCAGAGGUUACUCAAAGGCUGCUACCAAUUUCAGAUUGCAACAAUUAUCCUUUAAAUAUCUCCUUAGAGGUUCCCAGUUUGAAAUGAACUCCUGUUUUGACUUAUUUUUGAUCUUUUCUGAGAGACUGUCUAAUUCAGCAUAGUCUACUAGCUUUAGAUUUACGAAAGCUACUAAUUUAGAAAGCUACUAGAUUUAGAUCGACUAGCUUUCAGAUUUAGUGGGAAUUUUGUCAUUCUUCCAAUGUUUUGCUAUAAGUAUCCUUGUGGCAGUGGUGGCACACAGAAAUACUUUUCUUAUCUUCCUAACAAUGUCUGGACCUGGAAUGUCCAAUAAAAAUGAUUCUGGUUUCUUCAGAAAAGAUGCAUUUAACAUUGUUUUGAGCUCGCUCUCUCUAUAUCAUUCCAAAAGGUCUUAAUCUUUUUACACACCCACCACAUGUGGAGGAGAGUUCCACCUGGUUCUCCACAUCUCCAACAUGUAUUUGGAACAUUUUGUACAUUUUGGAAAGCUUACAGGGGGUUAAAUACAAUCAAUAUAGCAUCUUUUAGAGGUUCUCCCUUAAUGUAAAACAUGCCGUAAAUUUCCAAUUAGCUUUCCAUAGAUGAGGAACCACUUCUGGACUUUUUGUGUGAAAAAGAAAAUGAAAACGCAAUAUUUGGGCUGGGAGAUUGAGAUAGUACUCGUUUGUAGAAAGUAGAAUAGUUUGAUGUUAUCGUGGGGCAAAUGCUUUGAAUAAUUCUUUUUAUAUAACUUACAGGGGGAGAAUGGGAAAAGCUUUUUCUUUUCUUUCCCAAAAUUUAUCUCCCCAUUUUCAGACCACCUUAGGUCAACCAGAUGUUUUUUAGAUUAAAUGGCUGGUGGCAGAUGUUGAUAAAUGCAUCAGUUAUAGGGUGGCACUUUUUGCUCAAGCAGCAAGAAAGGGCAACCUUUAUGGAUAGUGCAACUGUCAAACCCUAAGGAUGCUGACCAGAAGGAAUGUUUUUUUAAAAAAAAUAAAAAAUAAAAAAUCUGGAAAUUGUAGAUUUGUCUUGGUCCAGUGCAUGCAACGUCUUUCAUUCUGAAGCUGUGUGAUUUGUGCUUAUAUUGUAUUGUGAUGGCCAUUAACCAUAGACAAUAAAAAUCUAUUGGAAUAAUUCUUUUUAUAUAAAUAACAAGGGGAGAAUUGGAAACCCUUUUUCUUUUCUUUUCUUUUCUUUUCUUUUCUUUUCUUUCUCUUUCUUUCUUCCUUUUUUUCUUUCUUCUCCCUCUCUCCCUCUGCCACUUUAUCUUGUUGAAUCAGGAAAAAGCUUUAUGGGAAUAAAUAAAUAAAUGGUGGGAAAAUGAAAAUGGAUUCAAUUUCUCCCCCAUUCCUAGCCGGAAAUAAUCAUCAUCAUAAGAAUUUUAUUAUCUGUACCCCACCUGUCAGGCUUUGGAGAAUGGCUUCCUCCCCCCUUUAGACGAGCAGCAGCAGAACAAAGCAUUUAGAGACCCUUACCAGUUUAAGAGUGUUUAAUGAUCACAGCAAAAGAACACAGCAGCCAUUCUCGGAGCUAAGGUGCUCCCAAUUAAGUUUUCCUCCUCCUCCCCCCCCCCCAAGUCACCGUCACUUCCCCUUCUUGCAACCUGAUCUCGCAACCAUUGAGCCUUCUGCAUAGCAACCUUAUCAGCUCUCCUUGCCUUUGGAGAGAUAGGCUGGGCACUCUUUAGAGAAGGGGAGUCAGUUAUCUCUUUCUCUUCCUAUUCUGCUUCUUCUAACUGUUUCACACUCAGCUCUGCCCAGCUGCUGUUUUCUGAAUCGUGUCCCUCUGCAAACCAAUUCUCUAAAUCUAUACUGCUCCACUGUUCCUGAGCAGCUUCAGGAUCCUGGUAAAGAGCAGGGAGGGGGAGGUUCUCACCAUUCCUCUUCAGAGUUGUAAUCCUCAGUCUGCUCUCUGACAUUGCCCAUCUGACUAGGUUGCCCCCGCCACUCUGGGCAGCUUCCAGCAUAUACAGUGGUACCUUGGGUUACAUACAAUUCAGGUUACAGAUGCUUCAGGUUACACCACUAACCCAGAAAUAGUACCUCGGGUUAAGAACUUUGCUUCAGAAUGAGAACAGAAAUUGCGCAGCGGUAGCAGGAGGCCCCAUUAGCUAAAGUGGUGCUUCAGGUUAAGAACAGUUUCAGGUUAAGAACGGACCUUGAGAACGAAUUAAGUUCUUAACCUGAGGUACCACUGUACAAAAAGUAGAGGAUAGGUCAAGGAUGCAGGAUUCAGUAUAAUAACCUUCUCUGUACUAGCUUUUCAUAUGAAGGGCUAAAAUCUGAAGCGAAAUGGUGGGUGAUCAUCAGCUGGCAAGCAGGCAAGAAGAAAGGCUUUGAACAGCAACUUCACCCAGUCACCCUCCCUGAAAUGGUGUAUAUAGCUAGUUUGGGAGGAUGGAUAUUGGAUGAGUGGGUGGGCGGAAAGACAGCUAGACAGAUAUGGUCCUUGUGUCAUCUGAUUUUGUGCAGUUUUUCUAGUUCUUUGCAGCAAGUGACAAGUUGACCUUCUGGGUUGAACUCAAUUCCAUUGUGGACUUCUUCACCAUUACUCCGGUCUGUAUCUCUUUCUAUUUAGGAAGAAACUGGCUUGGUGAGUACACCAAUAUUUCCAUUAACUUGCAUAGAAAACAGCAUAAAUUCCCAAGAAAGACUGAGGUAGGGAAAAUACCACUCAGUCUCUCUCACUCACACACCAAGGACCCUCUUACCCCAAGGACGGUUGACUGGAGCAAGCUUCUGUCCCCAUGAGGGAUAUGGUAGGCUUCUCCUUUCCACAAAUUGCUGUAAUUGGAGUGCUCUGAGAACAUAAUUGUUGUGGUUAAAAGUUAGAUCUGCCCAUCAAACCUAAAGAACCCCCCUUCCCUGUCAAGCUCUGAGCAUUUCCUCAAUCUGUUUGGUUUUGUUUUUCAGUAGGGAAAAACCACAGGAUUUGAGGGAGGAGGCGAAGCAACCUGCUCCGGUACCCGGAGCAGCGCACGUCCCAGUGGGCGUGGCAUGCCACCUGUGGGGGCGUGGCACACGUCCUGGGGGGUUUGGUGCACAUUCAGGGGGGUGCAUGCCAUUUUGUCACCCCAGGGUGACACCCCCCUUUGGAAUGGCACCCGGAGCAGACACACCCCGCCCCCACCUUGGAACACCCCUGUGUGAGGGACAACUGAAGCCCCGGGUUACUCAAAAGCUGAGGCUUUCCCUGCUCCAACUUUGGAUGCCUUUUUAAUAGUGCAGCGCAACACAGAAAUAUGUGAACUUUCUGAAAAUCAGCCCAAUUGACCUUGUAUUUCAGGAUACGAAAGGAACUGAUGCACAUACUGCUAAAUGACACUGUAAUUAGCUAUGAAAUACUACCAAAUACUCAGUACAUUCAUGCUGACCAUCAAAUACUACCAACUCUUCUCCUCAAAACCCUGUUUCCAUCAGGAACCAUUGCUAUACUCUAGUAGUCCACCUCACUAAGUUCAGUGGGACUUACACCUAGGUAAGGAAGCUUAGGCUUUCAACCUAAGCGUAGCAGACCAGAUAAUAACAGGAGUUAUGCGCAAAUGCUCACCAAUACAAGGACACCCACCCACCCCCGCUCACAAAGCCUCACUCUGCAUCCUUUCCUGUAGGUUUACGUUUCUUGCGAGCACUCAGACUGAUGGAACUUCCCAAAAUUUUACAGUUUCUCCAGAUUACGACGACUGCGUAAGUCAGACUCACAUCAUACCACCUUUCUCAUAAGCAAUAGAUUUCCCUUCUGUCCCUCCUUCCCCACCUUGGGAUUUUGAUAGCCUGGGCAGCAAGUCAAUUGCUUAGUGUGGAGUUUUGCACACAGGAUUGUGAUUCAGACAGCUUUUGGUUGGGAGAGACACAGGGCCGGAUGUCGGUUUGAUGAGGCCCUGAGCUACUGAAGGUAAUGGGGCCCUUUAUAUGUCCAGCUGUCCUUUGUCAACAACAAAUUGUCGCUGGUUUUUGUGUGUGUUUUUUUGUUGUUGUUGAAUAUAUGCCAUAUGGUAAUUUAAGGACUUAAAAGGUAAAGGGACCCCUGACCAUUAGGUCAGGACUUAAUUUAAGGACUUAAUUUAAUUUAAUUAAUUUUAAUUUAAGGACUUAAGAGGUAUCUAAAAUGAUUUGCACAUAACAAAUAGGAGCCUACACAACACAAAACACUGUUGCUGUAUGUAGGUUUUAUUUUAUUUUAUUUUUAUCUUAUAUUUUGGAAAUGUACAUCCAGGGUUUUCUUCCUUUAAAUUUUUUGGGGGGCCCAAGGGAGUGGGGCCCUAAGCUAUAGCUUGUUUAGCUUAUACGUAAAUCCGGCACUGGAGAGACAGCACAAAACCAAAGAUAAAUCAGUGGAGGUUUGACUAAGGACUCCUACUUCCUCCUCCCUCCCUCCCUCCUUCCUUGGAGGUUUGUAAGCAGGGGUUGGAUGGCCAUCUGUCAUGGAUGCUUUAGCUGAGUUUCCUGCAGAUUGUAGGGGGUUGGGCUAGAUGACCCUUGAUGUCCCUUCCAACUCUACAAUUCUACAAUUCUAUGAUUCUAACUUCUCCAGCAGUCAGGGGCCAGUUAGAGUGUUUCAUCCUUGGAGUUCUGCGGAUCCAAUUAAAUUCCACACUGUGCUUGUGGAAUGUCCUCCUGACAUCACCAUGAAUCCUGUAUAGAGAACUCGUUACCUGAGGCUGUAUACACACAACAUUUAAUUCUCAGUAUCAAUGGAGACUACCUUCUAUGCAGUCCGCACACAGUCCAGAUCUGAUGUAUAUUUUGCCCCUCAAAAGUGCUUCUUGGGAAACUGGUCUCAUUCCAAAAAUAAAAGCUCAAAGCUCAUUGCAGGUGACUUCUGCAUUACACUGCAGUUUGUCCUGGCUACAGGUGUGUGUUUAAACACACAUGUGCCCAAUGGCAUUGCACAUAGGUGUAUGCCAAUAUCACAAUCCCCAUUUCCUUCUUGGUUCACCUUGAUAGCAAGAAUCUAGAAUCAAAUUAGAUUAAAAGCAGCAUGUUGAGGAUGAGCAUGGAUGGUUCCUGGGACUGGCACAAGCCUGAGACUGGUCCAAGAUCAGCCAGCAAAUUUUCUUGAUGAGUGGGGAUUUGACCCCUGGUCUCUCAGGCUUUAUCCCAACACUCUAAUCACUACACUGGCUUUCUAACUGAGUGUGGUUUCUUAUGUAGUCAAAAGGGCUUCAUCCAUGCAUCAGAGGGUCAGGGAAAGCUUUAUGAUUUGGGAAACAACAACAACUUUAGGGGGGGGGACCCUAAACAGUCCAUUGAGGACUGAACAUGCUCAGUGAUCACAGAAUCCUAGCUGACUGGGGAAUGAAUGCAUAACCUGGGGGUAAGGAUGGAAUGGUAUAUCCUGGAAGUGGGUAUGGCUGGCUUGCUAGAACCCUGCAUACGCUGCACUGCAACAUUUUGUUACAUGCCCUGCAUGUCCUUUGGGAGUCCUACUGUGCAUUGGUAAAACACCACACACAAAAAGUGUCUUUAUUCAAGAGCACACGCAGUUGUAUUAAUUGCUUUUUUGUAGUUUUUCAUCAAAACACAACUGCAGGUUGGUUAAAAUGCAAUGGAUGGGGAGAUAAAAAAUGAACUGCAGGAACUGAAAGCUAUGGCAAAAUGUGCUGUGUACAACAUAUGAAAAUUGAAACAGAGCAGUAAAAAAAAAUCUAAUGCGCUAGUGCCAUUUCGGAUGCAAUAGCAGAAAACCUAGAACUCUGAAAUCUGGAGAGAAAUUAAGAUAAAGAGGAAAAUGGUAUUUUGUUGGGGAAUUCAUACAUACAGUAUGUUGUGAUUAUUGGUGGUUAGUCACUUUGUGUGAACCACAGGCCAAAUGGCAGAAUGUAAAGCAUAAUUCAUGAAUGGAUCUAUAUUUAUCUCCAGUUAAAUUACUUAUGAUAGUGGUACAGUGCCCAAGUGGGAUUCUACCCAUCUGAGUAAUGUUAGGAGGAAUAAGUAGAGAUGACUUUGGCACUUUGGCACUCAGGUCAUGUCUUCCCUUGCCGCUUUAGCACUGCAGUCAAGCUGUCCAAACUCCUAGCUGUCUCUGUCAGCACUUGUCUCACAGCUGCAGGAUUUCUUCAUUGGGUACGUAAAGCAAUGGCUGCAAUGGCUCAGGCUUUCAGGUGAAAUUAUUUUUUUACACAACAUUUUUUUCUUCUAUUUUAAUUAAUUUAUUCAUUAUUAUUUUUGUUUCUUGCACAGAUCGAAAAUUCUGGUGAUCCCUGGGCAUAUACUAAAAAUUCCCAAAGCCUGACUUACUUUGAUUGCUUAUACAUGAUCAUGGUAACCAUGUCUACAGUUGGAUAUGGCGAUGUGGUGGUAAAAACCUCCUUAGGGCGUUCAUUCAUCAUUAUUUUCAUCAUUGCUGGCUUGGUAAGAAAUUUCUUAGCCCUUUCAGAUCUGCUCUACAGUCUUCUUCAGAAUCCUGUAUCUGAGGUCUUUAGUUCUACCUAAUUUGAUGCAUUACAGAACAGCCUUUUUUCAUUGGCACCUUUAAGUAGCAAUUCUCAAGUGCAUAAACCACUAUAGUAACUCAUUUGCCAAACUGACAGAUGACAUGAUGGAGGAGGCCACAUUGCUGAAUAAUCUCAAGGGGAGGACUGAGAUUCUCAAAGAGUUCAAGAGGAAAGUUCCCUCCCCCCAUUUCCUCAAAACCUUGGUCAGAAUUUCUGUCUGAGAAAUUUCAGUUCAUUAAGUGUGUCAGGUCAAUGACAUCUUAUGUGUACUAGGAAGUGCAGGAAACAGUCUUCUUUUGAAUCAGACCAACUUAGCAUUGUCUUCACUGACUGGCAGUGACCCUCCAGAAUUUCAGGCAGGAGUCUCUUCCCACCCUACCUGGUGCCAGGAGUCAGAGUUAAGCAUAGGUUGAAACAGUAUCUGUCCCUUUAAUUUCAAAGAAACCAAAACAGUACAGACCUUGUGAUCCCAGCAACUCUUCCCAAUAGGCCUUACUCCAACGAGGUAGCUGUGAGGACUGAAGCUCCCCACCUUCCCACCACUCUCUAAGGCAGGCUUCCUCAACCUCAGCCCUCCAGAUGUUUUUGGCCUACAACUCCCAUGAUCCCUAGCUAGCAGGACCAAUGGUCAGGGAUGAUGGGAAUUGUAGUCUCAAAACAUCUGGAGGGCUGAGGUUGAGGAAGCCUCCCCUAAGGCUCCUCCUCUCCAGAGUCUUUCCCAAGCAGCUGCAAACUCCAUCUAUACACAACCAAUCUCUGCUCUGCUCUUUUCAUUUCUCUGCAUGUCCUAGGAGACCAAGGGGGAGGAGAGCUGGUUGCAGGAAGAGGGGAAAUUCCCUGGUUUCUUCCACAGCCUAUCUCAACGCUGCCUCUUGGCCAACCUUCUCUCCAGUCUCUGCUGCAGCCUUGGAGUUUGAACUGCUCUCUGCCAAAGUCUUUUCCUCCUCACUAAAUCCUGUUACCACUUCUACUUCUGACGCUUCCACCUCCCAAUCUUCUCCUUCUUCUCCCUCUGAACACGCAUUGUCGUCCCGCCACCAAUCCCCUGGCUCUGAGCCUUCUUCCCCAUGGGGGUCCCUUGGGGGUCCCCCAACUGGUGCCUCCCACCACUUCUCAGCAUCCAGCCAGUCCGUGAUACCUGAAGUUUGAACCCAGAGCUUCCUGCAUACAAAGCAGAUGUUCUACCACUGAGCCGCAGCUCUUCCCAAGACUUCUAAAUGUAUGGUGAAUAAUAGCCUCAGUGCUAACAUUUAUUUUUUCUUCCUCAAAUGUCCUUGGGUUUCCAAUUUAUUUACUUAAGAAUUUUCAUCCCGGCAUUUCAUUUAACUGAGCUUGUAUUUUUCCAUUGUCCUAGAUGCUUUUUGCAAAUUUGGUGCCUGAAAUGGUAGACAUUGUUGGAAGCACUAAACUACACAAGGGUUCCUACGUGGCUGUGAAAGGCAGAAAGUGAGUAAAUUCAAGUUCUCCUUUAUUUUAAUUGCUAAAACAACAACAACAGCUCGGAAUGUGAAAGUUUAUUGUGACUGGUAUUGCUUGAUCAUACUGGCUGCUGUUGAGUAAGAGGUUGUGAGUAUUGGAUGCCAGUUCAUUUCUGAGCCCAAUUCCUGGUGCUCCCCUUAAUUAUAAAGCCCUAAAUGACUCAAACCCCAAAUAUCUGAAAGAACUCCUCCUUCUCUACGGGUGCUUCUAGGUUGUUCCACCACCCUCAUAAGUUUGGGGAGUUGUGGUCAGGGAUUGGGCAUUUUCUGCGGCAGCUCCUAGGUUGUGGAAUUCCCUCCCCACAGAGGUUGUGUCUGGUACCCUCUUUAUACUGUACAUAUGCUGAAGGCACAUCUCCUUUCCCUUGACUUUCACACGUGACAUAGGUGUCUUCAGGACCUACCCUCUUCCUGUGACUGUAACCUGCUCUAGAUGUUUUAAUAUUGAAUGUUAAAUGGUUAUAAUUCACUCUGGAACCUGCUGGUGAAGGGUAGAUGUCAAAAGAAUAGCAAUUUAGGGCACAUAGACAGUGGGAUGUCUUUGCACACUUGUGUCUUCUUAAGCGUCCCGCUCUACUCUUCUUCCAUACAGCAUAGGUGUCUGUUGUAAAUGGAGGGGGGGGGAACCAUAAUCUUUUUCUUUGUAUACAGUUUUAUUAUACAUUUAUUAUCUGAAAUGUAAGAGUGCAAUAAAACAACUUGUAUUCCAAAAGCACUUAGUCCACAUUUAAGUUUAGUUGUUCUCUCCCUCCAGCCCAUCCAUCUCUUCCUUAGAGAAUUUUAGGUUUCCCGUGAGCAUCGUUUUGCUUUCCCAAUGCCCUUUCCUAACCACACGUGGGGUUUUAAAAAAAAAUUUAAAGAGAUUUUAUAAAUAAAUAAAUAAAUAAAUAAAUAAAUAAAGUCAAACUGAGGCAAAAUAGAGAAUAUAACCAAAAUGUUGCUAGGAAGAGGAAUCCUUUUGAGCUGCACUGCUGGGAUACAAUCCUAGGGACAUGAAUGGUGAAAUCCAAAGCCAUGCUGAGCUCAAACCAAUGGGGCAGAAGCAAAAGGGUGGGUGUGUGUGCAUUUCUCCAUAUUUUCAUCUUUUAGUGCCUCUCCCCACCAAUUUUUCCUCCCAUUGCUCCCAAACAGAAAGGAAAUCAGUAUGCCAAUUCCAGGGCUGCUGCAUUUCCAACUUGUGAUGGAACCACGUCAGGAGAGUGGGAGAGCUGUGGAUCCAGUGGCUCUAAAGCCUUUCCCAAUCCACCCUGGAAUGAAAUGAUCUGUUUUUGUUCUUAUCAUCCUUGGAACUGACAGUGGAUUCAGCGGCAAAGCAAGCCAAUCGGGCGUCUGAGGUGGCGUGCAUGGCCUGCACCCAGGGGCGGGGCCAGCCACCUGCAGGGUGGGGUGAGCCGGGGCAGGACGCUCCGCGGGCCCUCUGAGGAGUCUGCCUGCCUCCUCCCACUUAGCCUCCCUACAGCUGAGGGGGAGGCGGUUGGCAGACUGUUUGGGCAACACGGAGCCUGCAGGCGCCCAAGCCACCACGUCACUCCCAGGAGAGACGCGUGGCUCGGGCGUGCCUCAGGCCCCGCGGUGAGUGCCACCCGGCAUUUUGUCACCUCCCUCAGUGGUGACACCCGGGGCAACCCACCCCCGCCUUCCUCUGCCCCUGCAUGGAUUGACAAAUGUGAAGGAGGUUUUCACCGCCACGAUGGAGUAGUCUGCAAGCAUAGACCUCCUUCUAUGCAAGGCACAUUGACAGAUCUGCAGUAUCUCUUGGGUUCUGUGACAUCUUUCCAAGGACUAUAGGAUUGCUCUCUAAAUAUGUGAUAUCAUGAUUAUAUCAUUAGACAUAACAUCAUAUGAAUAAAAAGCCAUACAUUAUAUGAAUGAAAACAUAAUUUCAUCAAGAUUAUUUUUGUAUGGUGUUUUACCAAUCUGCAAGCGCACUUUUUGAAAAAUCAAAAUCUGAGUAAAUAUCACAGCAAGCAGAAAUAGAGUGGGAUUCAUGAGGAAUGCAAAACAGGGUGGAUCAAACCAACAGAACACUAAAGGAAUGGAGCAAGGGAAAUCUUUUUACCCCUGCUAUUUGAACAAGAAAUGCUGUUUUCUCUAAAUGAAUGUAGAUUAGGGCAGUAGAAUCUUGCUUUCAAAUAAUGUUUUCUAUGCUCUGGUGCAGCAUAUAAAUCGCAAAGCACUGAAGCAUAGUUGAGUCCCAGCUUGACAGCACUACAUGCAGAUGUUUGGGGGUGGAGCAAUGUGAAGUAUAGAACUUUAGAUUUCAACCUACUUUUGUCCCUUCAUUAAAUAAAAAAGUACCUUAGAUAUUGGUUGAUAAAACACAAUUACUUUUAAAAUAGAUAAAUAGCAAAAUCAAUCAAAUUUAGACAAGGAGCUUCUAUAUGCCUACUUGGGAGUAAGACUCAUUUAUUCAGUGGGGUGUAUUUGUGUGUGAACAUGCAUACAUCUCAAUUUGCAAUAUUUAUUGUAUUAUUAUUUUCUUAAGAAUUAUAUACUGCUUAAUUAACAAAAGCUUCUAAGCAGACUUCAAUAUAGAUUUGGAUUGUCACGGUGGCAGCUACGUUGGUCUGCAGUUUCCUAAUUUGUAGUGUUGUGCUACAUUUUCCAGACAAGAAAAUGAUCUGUGGACAUUUCUUCUUCCUGCAGAUAUAUUGUGGUCUGUGGUUAUAUCACUCUGCACAGCGUAACUACUUUCCUAAGGGACUUUUUAGCCCCAGGCUCUGGGCAGGUUGCCACUGAGAUUGUCUUUUUGGGAGAGUAAGUAUAUCACAUUGAUUUCAAUGGGGAAAAAAUACAAUACCAUCCAGAUUCCUGGAGUGGAAAUUGCAUUAAUUCUUGCAUCUACUAGCAACACAACUACCAUUCUUAAGUACCUUGCAUUGUAUGAAUGUAUAAUGCUAACCUUCUUUAGUGCUGCACCAAAUGUUUAGGGUACAAGCAAAGCAAAGCACUCAGCAAGUGUGGCUGACUGUCACAAUGAAAUUGCAGUGAGAAAGCCUAUCUCUUACUACUUUAUUGAGCAAGUAACACAGGAACAGCCAAAACCACUCCUCUUACCUAUGGAUGCAUAAAGUAUCUGAACUGGUACCUGAGUAACAUCCAUAGCUGUUGUGCCACAGGUCAAAGGCCCAACCAUAGGGGGACACCCCCCUCCACUUAUUUUAGCAAGGAUCCCUUUUCUGGGUGACUGACAGAAGGAGGUAGGGUUGGAAGUACUUGAGAAAUACAAACAAAAUACUCUUGGUUAAUUUUCAAUGGGGCCUUGCCUUGCUGAAAGGGAAUGAUGGGUUUGAACUUUUCAGGAUGGGCAAAAUGGUUACUUGAUUUAGUACUUGCUUCACUCUUGUUGCUCCAGCUACACACACACACACACACACACACACUUUCUUCCAAGGGUGUUACUGCAGAUGUUUAGAAUUGUACUGAAAAAGCAAUCAUAUAUUGUUGCACAUACCCCAGUAUCUGAGUGGUGAGAGACUCCAGGGGUGCCCCAGUGCUUACCCAGGGUUCAGUUUCCUUGGGAUGAAGGUCAACUGAGACUAUGAUGUUUGUAGCGUUUAUGGUUUUAUUUAUACAUGUGUACAACCUGAGCAUAGGAUAGAAGGUCUCACAGCAUUAACAUUCCAACAGACCUUGCCUCCCCAUUUGGUUCCUAGCCCCCCAGGCAUACACUUGGAUUCAGCACAGCCUAGAAAGUCAAGACUUUCUCACUAGCUUCCAACCUAGUCAAAACUCAAACACCAAAAACAAAUUCCUCUGUCCUAUUGUCUUCCUUCAUCAGAUGACCUGGCAUCCAGCCAAGUGGGGGUGGCGGGGAACGCUUCCCUCCUGAAAACAUAAUCAGUUGUCACUUUGGUAAGACAUCCCUUUAAGAUGCUGAUGAGGCCAGCCAAGACCAUCACCUUCACAAAUGAAUUGGUUUAACCAGUUCACUAGUAAAUUCUAAGCAUGGACACAGAAUCACAGGCCUAUAUAUACAUAUUCAUUCUCAGGAAUUGAUGGAUACCUUCAUUCUCUCUGCAUACAUUUCUCCUAUCUAGAAAUGAUCCAGGUCUGGAACUGGAAACUAUAUUCAGAUGUUAUGCUGCAUAUUCCACUUUCUUCCAAGGUUCUGUGAUGAAGACUGAAGAUCUGCAGAGAGUUCAGGUAGGACUUCCUCCUCUUCUUCACAAACAGAGUCUAAUGGGAGAGUGCCUUAGCUGUGAAUUCUCUUUUGCAGAACCAAAGGAAUGAUAGAAAUAUAGGAAGCUGCAUUAUACCAAGUCAGACAAUUGCUCAUCUAGUUCAGCAUUGUCCAUACUGCAGCAGUUGAGGUUCCCAAUCUUAACUUUGAAAUGCCAGAGAUGAGUGUGGGACCUUCUAUGUGCCAAGCUGAUUCUAUACUACUGAGCGACAGCCCUGCUUGUAAUUUGCAGGUGUUUACUGAGUUUGAGUUGGAAAUAAUCUUCCUGCACUAGGAAAGUAACACUCCAUUUUGAGUUGAUCCCAAGUCCCUGUGAGUCUGGGGCAGAGUUGAAAAGGAAUGCAGAAUGAGCAGAACUUCCCCCCAAUAUUUAUCCCGCAAAGCUUGAGUAGUAAUUAUACGAACAUCCAGUAACUAAGGGUUGAAAACUUUAUUAGAACCAUGGAAUAACUUUUCCUGCCUGGGCAUAAAAAAACAACUGUCAACAGCCAGAAUGGAAACUGAAACUAAACCAAAGCAUGUGAUUUGUUCCUAAGGGGCAAUAUAUACAGUACAGUAUAUAGUUAUUAUAACUAUAUUGUAGCGGCAGUGGCUGCUGAUUCAGUGUAGAUACUUAGAUAGGUGGGUCAAUGGUUUCAUCCAUUAUUUGGCAGCUUCUUCUAGUCCAAGGAUGAGGAAUCUUUGGCCCACCAGAUGUUGUUGCACUCAAACUCCCAUCAGCCCCAGUUCGUAGGCCAGUGACCAACAAGAAUGGAAGUUGGAUUCCAGCAACCUCCAGAAUGCCACACACUCCCCAUUCCUACCCUAUUCUGUUGGGAAACAUUCACAAUUGCCCACUACAGAUAUUUGCCCUUGCAACUUACCAUUCUCUUUAUAUGAGCGUUUGUUUCUUUAAUGUUAUUGCACAAUUGAGCUGAAUUUGGAUUAUGUGAACUGAUGGAGGGAGGGUCGGGAAGCAAACAUUCACACACACACACACACACACACACCAAGUGCUACCACACCCUCCCAUUAGGUUGUAGGGGUUGUCAGCCUGAGGUUACUGAGGGGAGCUCUGAUGUAGCAGUGAAGCUUAAAAUCAAGGAGGAAAUUUAGAAAAGCAGAGAAGACCUCAGGCUUCACUCCUGAGAAAUAAUUUCAAUAUUUUUGUCCUCCCCUGAAAAAGAAAAGAAAAUCACCAAAAUGUCCUUUUUCCAAUUUGCUGCUGCCUGUGAAUGAAGUAUCAAAUUGGAGAGGAUGACAUUUUCCCCAAUCCCUUUUCUUAGGGGAAGCAAGAAGAAUUUUUGAUAGUGGGAGGGUUGAUAAGGGCAGAGAGCAACUCCUAUUUGCGAGUCAUGCUCAGCUCAGAUUAGAGCCAGACUUUUAGUAACAGCAGUGCUUGUACAAAGGUGAAGCUGCAGUCCUGUUCAGAUGUAUGGGUGGACUAAGCCCAGCUGAACACAGUUUUACUUUAGAGUAAAUAUGAAUAAGAUUAGGCUGCCAGCUUACUUCUAGCCUCCCCUCUCUUCUCUUGUUGGGAAAUAGAUGGGGAAAGCUGAAGCAUGUCUUGUCUUGGCUGACACAUGUUCUGCCAACCCCUAUAUCGAGGAUACUACUAACAUCAUGAGGUAAGAUGGGGGGGGUUGCUGGGGGGGAUAGUGUUAAGUAUAAUAGUUUAAUUGUGCAUUGAAAUAGAAAAUGAUUCUCUACGUAUUGCUAAAGAGGUAUGGGAAUUGCCAUAGGAGUUAAAGAAAAGCUCUCUGAUGGGUUAGUGUUUAACUGUUAAAGUAUCUCUGCUCUGCUCUCUCAUGUGGUGUUUAAUUUUAGAUCACAUGAAAAACUUAUUCAGUUGCAAAUAGCCAUUUUGAGGAGAGUUGUUCUUUUUCUGAAAGCCACAGAGGACAAAGGAUGGGAUAAUGAUUUCUCUUCAGGUGAACAUCGUCUUAGGCUGGAAUGCAGGCGACAAGAAAGACAGAGCUUUGUUUUUAACUCUGAUCAUAGUUAUUUUAUAUUUGUAAGAAGCUGAACCUAUACUUAGACAAACGUGAUUUUAUACAACUUUCUGGAUGUAACAUUGAUUGUUUUGUGUCUGUUUUGGAACAAGUUCCGUUAGUAAAGCUUUGAAACCAUAAACCCAAACCAUCUUAAAAAAUUGUCUUGUAGGUUGCUUAUUCUUUCAUUUUUUUAAAUAGGAACAAUAGUUCUACUGACCAGGUGAUAUGUAGGUUUUUCUAGAGCUAAACUCUGCUUUUCAGAUUCCUUUUUCAUGUUUUUAUGUAGAGCAGAUACAGGCCUACUUCUAGUACACCUGUGUGUGGAGUGAAUCACAUUAGAUUGCUUGUGGAGAAUUACACAGUUGUGAAUGCAUCUAUCUAUUUAGGUAUUUGUAAGGAAAACUCUGAACAUAGCCAUCUUCUUGAUCUACCAAUUUUAUUUGCUAAAACCUUACUCUCUGAGAAGAAUAUUUUUAAUGGAGGGCUAUUCCUUUAUGUAAGUCACUACCUGCAAUUUGGAGUGGCUGAAAUGAGAUUUAGGCUUAAUACAUUAGUGAGAACUGGGUCUCAGUCAUCUGUAUAAUACAUACUGUAUCAAGAUUAAGCAUGGAGAAGUCUAUCAAUCCUAGUUUCAAUUUUUAAUUUUUCCAAUGAUAAGUUUAGUUUUCACAUUGGCUUAUGAUUUUUUUUAAAAAACAUAUAAAAAUACCUUCAGCAUGGAUCUCAGAAGCAGAACAUUCAGAGUAGAAUGUGUUAGUGAACAUGUUUCAUUUCUUCUGAUUCUGUGGGUGGGUGGGAUUCAUGGUUCUAGAACUACAAAUAUUUUCUUUUUCAUGCAGGGUACUGUCCAUCAAGAAUCACUUCCCAAACACCAAAGUCAUAAUACAGAUCAUCCAGUCGUCUAACAAGGUUGGGCUGUCUAUUUAUCUGUGGUGUAUAUCAGCUUCAGACAAAUCCCAAAUCCUAAGCCAAAGUGUGGUAACUCAGAGAUAUUCUUGGAAUGUCUCAGUCACCAUCCCAAGUUGAAGUGAGGUUGUUCCAAAGUGUCAUGUGAUGCCUUAGUGACUCAGACACCAACAAAAUGCUGCAAAUGAAUGUAAAACUAUGUGGUUAGAAACCAGUGGUGGCAAAAUGUUUCCAGCCUGAGAGCCACAUUCCUUUCUUGACAGCCUUCCAGGGUGGGUGUCACUUCCUUAGUGGCCACAUAGUCUUCCUGCUUGUCUGUUUUAAUUGGAAACUUAAUAUCCUGCUGUUUCUCAUCCUUCCACAUUUCCCCCCUUUUUCACCUGAAACAGGUCUACCUUCCAAAGAUCCCCAACUGGGACUGGAGGAGAGGAGAUAGUAUAAUCUGCUUUGCUGAGCUCAAACUUGCGUUAAUAGCACAGAGUUGUGUGGUGCCCGGCUUGACUACACUGUUGACCAGUCUGUUCAUUAGGGAAGACUCCAAGGUAAUUCAUUUUCCAAUUCUUUAAUGGGUGUUGAGUUAACCAGAGCAUUCCUUACUGCAGAUUUAUCAGUACAGCUGUUCCACUGUUUACAGUUAAAUAAAUAACAGAUAUAUAUUUUACAGGUUUGGACAUCACCAUGGGCUAGGGUGAUUCUCCAUAGAACCUGCAGCCCUCUAGAUACCUGGAUAGCAGCUAGGGAUGCAGAAGGAAUUUGUUUGGUCUGCUUUUUGCAGUGGACUCUACUUACCUGACACUCCCAAACUUACUUGUACAGUGGUACCUCGGGUUAAGUACUUAAUUGGGCUAGGUGUUCAUCAGUAUGCGGAUGAUACCCAGCUCUACCUCUCUUUAAAAUCAGAACCAGUGAAGGCGGUGACGGUCCUGUGUGAGUGUCUGGAGGCGGUUGGAGGAUGGAUGGCGGCAAACAGAUUGAGAUUGAAUCCUGACAAGACAGAAGUACUGUUUCUGGGGGACAGGAGGCGGGCAGGUGUGGAGGAUUCCCUGGUCUUGAAUGGGGUAACUGUGCCCCUGAAGGACCAGGUGCGCAGCCUGGGAGUCAUUUUGGACUCACAGCUGUCCAUGGAGGCACAGGUUAAAUCCGUGUCCAGGGCAGCUGUGUACCAGCUCCAUCUGGUACGUAGGCUGAGACCCUAUCUGCCUGCGGACUGCCUCGCCAGAGUGGUGCAUGCUCUGGUUAUCUCCCGCUUGGACUACUGCAAUGCGCUCUACGUGGGGCUACCUUUGAAGGUGACCCGGAAACUACAACUAAUCCAGAAUGCAGCAGCCAGACUGGUGACUGGGAGCGGCCGCCGAGACCAUAUAACACCGGUCUUGAAAGACCUACAUUGGCUCCCAGUACGUUUCCGAGCACAAUUCAAAGUGUUGGUGCUGACCUUUAAAGCCCUAAACGGCCUUGGCUCAGUAUACCUGAAGGAGCAUCUCCACCCCCAUCGUUCUACCCGGACACUGAGGUCCAGCACCGAGGGCCUUCUGGCGGUUCCCUCACUGCGAGAAGCCAAGCUACAGGGAACCAGGCAGAGGGCCUUCUCGGUAGUGGCACCCUCCCUGUGGAACGCCCUCCCACCAGAUGUCAAAGAGAACAACAACUACCAGACUUUUAGAAGACAUCUGAAGGCAGCCCUGUUUAGGGAAGCUUUUAAUGUUUGAUGUAUCACAGUAUUUUAAUAUUCUUUUGGAAGCCGCCCAGAGUGGCUGGGGAAACCCAGCCAGAUGGGCGGGGUAUAAAUAAUAAAUUUAUUAUUAUUAUUAUUAUUAUUAUUAUUAUUAUUAUUCAUUCCGUAGGUCCGUUCUUAACCUAAAACUGUUCUUAAUCUGAAGCACCACUUUAGCUAAGGGGGCCUCCCGCUGCCGCCACGCCACCGGAGCACGAUUUGUGUUCUCAUCCUGAAGCAAAGUUCUUAACCCGAGGUACUAUUUUUGGGUUAGCGGAGUCUGUAACCUGAAGCGUAUGUAACUCGAGGUACCACUGUAGAUCAGAAUGCAACUCCCAGUUUAUAUAAUAAUGCAUGGCAGUAUAUUACAUUGCACACACAUGUGCGCGUGCACACACACACACACACACACACAUCUCACAUCUUUGCUGUCCCCCCUCACUUUCCCCCUUUUAUCUCUGUAUCACUAUACACACACACACACACACACACACACACACAGCUUUUUUGCUGUCCGUAGACUCAACGCACACAGUGCAACAAUAGUAUAUAUCAACAGUUAAUAAGGUGUAAGUUUGGCCUUGCUAGGCAACAGAGGAGCUUUAGCCUAUACAUACUGAUUUCUGAUUUUUACUGCCUCUGAGAGGAAUUUUGCUACAGCCAGUGUAAUAGCAUCAAUCUUAUUCUCGAGGAGAACAUUGACAUGAAAAGAGCCAGCAAUUCCAGGUUGUUCUGUUAAUAUUGGAUUGAUUAGGUGCUGUCUGACCUGUUUAUACAGACUACAUUAUAAUAAAAUAUGCUUCAUACAUUCAACAUCCUGGGAACAUGGGCACAGCCUGUCUUGGUGUGAGACACCAGCCAAUCUUCCCCUCAGUACUUCAAAUGGCAAAACAGAUGGUGAUAGAUACCAUCAAAUAUAUAUGGCGAUAGUUAGAUAUGAUCAAAUAUAUAUUACUAUACAGUGGUACCUCGGGUUAUGUAUGCUUCAGGUUACAGACGCUUCAGGUUGCAGACUCCGCUAACCCAGAAAUAGUACCUCAGGUUAAGAACUUUGCUUCAGGAUGAGAACACAAAUUGUGUGCCAGCAGCGCAGCGGCAGCGGGAGACCCCAUUAGCUAAAGUGGUGCUUCAGGUUAAGAACAGUUUCAGGUGAAGAACAGACCUCUAGAACAAAUUAAGUUCUUAACCCGAGGUACCACUGUGUGUGUGUGUGUGUGUGUGUGUGUGUGUUUUUAUAUAUAUAUAUAUAUAUAUAUAUAUAUAUAUAUAUAUACUGUGUGUGUGUAUAUAUCUCUACACACACACACACACACACCCACACACCAUAUUUUUCUGUGUAUAAGACGCCCCCAUGUAUAAGACGACCCCUAUUUUUUUUAAUCCAAACUUAAGAAAAUACACUAUGCACUAUCUGUAUAUAAGACGACCCCUUAUUUUAAACUUCGAAAAUUUAGGAAAAAAUAGUCUUAUACACUGAAAAAUACGGUGUGUGUGUGUGUGUGGUCAUAUAUAUUUGAAUGCGACAAGGCUAGAACAAGGUUUAAUAAAAUAAAUGUGUGUUAUAUCUAUUUAUAUCAAUGGUACAGUAAUGUUCUUGAAGCAGUUAAACAACAACAAAAAUAGUGUUAUGAAAUUGACAGUGAAAUCAAAAUGUUAAAACAGCAAGCAAACAACAAACUUAUAAAAUCAGAGUGCAUUUCAUCUAACUUAGUUGUUAGAUGUUGUUAGUUGGCCAGAUGAUGAUGACAAUGAUGAUAUUUGUUACAGAAACUGAUCACUUUGAAUAAGCACCUACAUGAAAUAGAAGGCCAGGAUUAUAAAGUGAUGACUCAGCUUCUAUCCAAUGAUUUUAUUGACAUGUCCUUCAAAGACGUGGCCAAGUAAGUCCAGGAUUUCCCACUACCACUGCCUUAGUUGAUUAGUAAGAACAUGAAAUCUUUACUGGGUCACACCAGACUCAUCUUGUCCAGCAUUCUGGUCCCACAGUGACAAAUCAGAUAUCUGUGGGAAGCCCACAAACAUGACAUGAGCACAACACUGUCCUACUCAUGCUUCACAGCCACUGGUAUUCAGAAGUCUUGUUGCUUAUGGGCCUCAUUCCAUCCAGGGGUUUGUGUUGUAAGCAAAGCAAGCCAAUGGAUGGGUCUAGUGUGUGAUGACAUGGUCUUGAUCUUCACUCAUGCAUAAUAAUCAUUUUUCCCAAGUAGAGCUCAUGGGACAGCUCACUCACAUUGUGUUUUACCUGCUGCGCAAAUGUCUCCAGCAGGUUUUAAGAACUGAUACAGUUUUCAGCAAUGGUUGCUACUCUGAAUCCCCCAGAUUCCCCUCCUUUCUUCACUUGCUUGUUCCUUUGUCAAUAACACAAACUAAUCUCUUUCUUAGAUUGUGCUUUUUGAAGCUGGAUCUCAUGCUGCUUGCUAUCGAGUUUCGAUCUGGCAUGCAAGGAAAUAGGUGGGCACCUAUCCUUCUGAACUUCUUGCAUUUAGCAAGAUUAACUAUGAUAUUGUAAAAUCUUUAGGUUGGAAUGUCACCAUGGCCAGAGCAACCUGCCUAGGACCUGAGCAGGACAGAUUGCUGUGAGACUACAGAAAAGCAGAGGAAGGAAUAUCUGAUGUAUAGAUAAACUGGGACAAGAGAGCCACAUUGGGCCUCAGAGUAGCCAUGCCAAGGGGAGGCUGUACAUUACAAAAUUGCCCCAACCCUGCUGGCAUCAGAUCUAAAGCAUCUUUGUUCUUCCAACAUAACCCCUCCCAAACACUUUUUUCUUCUUAUCUCCAACAGAAGCCCAUGGGGCUUAUCCAUACUUGUCCCACAGCUUUCCUCCAGGGAAAACUGCUUUUUAGAGCUGAAUUGGAGCAAAUUGCAAUCGGGACUUGCCCUGGAUUGUCGUUUGUUCUGAUCUAUCGCUAAAGAGUGGGUCUUUUCAGGGGUGACACAAACGGAAGUGUGGGCGAGCUUUUGAAAAGGCAAAACACCACUCCAUUAUGUCAGCCUGGAUAGCUCAAUUGGUUAGAGCAUGGUGCUGAUAGCACCAAGGUUUCAGGUUCAAUCCCUGUAUGGGAUGGCUGCAUUUUCCUGCAUUUCAGAGGAUGAAUUAGGUGAUUCUUAGGGUAUCUUCCAAGUCUAUAAUUCUAUGAUUCUAUGUUUAAUGCCUAUGUAGGGAAUUCAAGUGGUGAAACUCUGGAUGUGAUAGCAGAUUCACUUACUUUGAGUAGAGAUGGGGUACUUACGCCCCUUGCUGGACUACAGAUCCUAUCUUUCCCUGGUGCUGGCAGGGGCCUGGUGAGAGUUGGAGUCCAACUACAUUUGGAGGAAACAGGUUUUCUGCCCCUGAUUUAAACCCAAUUCAGUCUCUGCCUGCUUUGUUUGGCUUAUUGAGUAGUCACCCCACUCGACAGAUGGAACAAUCAGAUUAGUUGCUAAGGUCUGGGCACUGCAUCCAAGGCUUCUCUACUUUUUUCUCUUUUUUUGCUCAUGUAAAUAUUUGCCUUCCAUAGAAGAAGUAAGUCACCAGGAUAGAAUAUUGGAGUUAUUUUGUUGGAGACACUGAAUUCAGUAAAUUGGGGGAGCUCUUCAAGUUAUCCUGGACAAAUCUGCAUUUGCACCCUCCGUUUGCCCUAAAGAUCAUCUUUCCCCAUCACCUCCUAGCCUCUGAUUCUGCAUGUAGCAGCUGUACAGAUUUAAUACAAAUGUUUAAACAGUAAACUAAGGGAGGCUUAAAUGACAUUUCUUCUUGUUCUCAAACUGUUUUACAAUAGCAUCCUGAUCAAUCCACCUUCCAUUAUUAAACUCCAUUUCGACACAAUGGGCUUUUUCAUCGCCAAAUCUGCAGUGCAACUCAGAAGGUAAUUUCUUUAAUUACUUGCAUCCAUAUUUGAACUAUAUUCUAAGUUGUUAAACAUUGGAGUGGAUGUCAAACAUUGGGCAGGUGUUCUUUGUAACAGUGUUAUUUUGUGCUGUGUUUCACAACCAAAGAAGGGAAACUCUCAUCGUUUAUAUAUACAGGUGAAUACAGAUGCGGAUGAAUCUCACAUUUAAAUGUGAACCUACCUAAUUUGCAGUUUCCAAACAAUAUGCAAACCCACACAAUUCUGCCCUUUGAAAUUUGCACAAAUUUUGUGAUUGCAUUAUUUUUUUAAAAAAAAUGCUACAAAAGGCAUAUUGUCAGGGAAAGCAUGCAACAAAAUGCACAUAUCCUCCCCCAACACAAAGACAGCCUUGACUCAUGCACAACACAUAUAAUAGGUGUGGGGAACUUUUGGUCUUCCAGAUGUUGCUGAACUAUAACUCUUAUCAGCCCAGCAUGCAUGGUCAAUGGCCAGAGAUGAUGGGAAUAGGAAUUCAGCAAUAUAUUGAGGGUCAAAGAUUUCCCACACCAGACAUAUAAGGAUAUACAUUCCUGAAUGACACGCCUGACCGCCAUUUCUCUCCCCCACACACAUUUCACUACUAUUCCCAGAAUUGGGAGAGGUGAAAUGAAGUAAUUUUCUCCACCAUAUAACAUUCUUACAGGCCUGUAUCUUUUCCCAUAAAAUGAAUCAACAUUGCAGUCCUUUCUACUCGAUCUCUCUGUACCUUACAAAGCAUUCUGUCCCCCUAGCUUUCCAUCUUUGUCCACCAUAGUCACCCCCAGGACUUUAAUUCCAAUCUCCCCUCAUCCGAUGCACUUCACAAAUUUAUAAUAACAUUCUCUUCAUCCUCACAAGACCCACCAUUCCUUCUCCCUCCUCUCCACCCCCUGGCCUAAUUUCCCUAACUGUCGAAUUCCCAAAAGUCAAAUUCCCUUGACACUUUUGUCCAGACUGUUCAGAACUAUCUCUUUCCCCUCCCUUGCCACACACAACUAGAUACAUUUUUUUUCAUUAUCACCUAUUUUCCACAUACAACUAGCCUUAUGAAAUAUAUUAAAAACCAAAACAGAAACUUUAUUCUGGAAGCAUUUAGAAAAUUAAAAUAGGUUGAGGUACACAUAUUCUGGAAGCAUUCAAGAAUUCUUACUUUUUCUAUUUUCAGUGAGUUUUAUGGUUGCUUUUUAAAAAUGUUAUAUGCAUUGUGAACCUAUGUUGAAAAGCAGGCAAAAACAAAACAACAAAAGAAAAGACAGCCAAUGUGGGGUUAAAGGUAAAGGGACCCCUGACCAUUAGUUCCAGUCAUGGCCGACUCUGGGGUUGCGGCACUCAUCUCGCUUUAUUGGCUGGGUCAUGUGGCCAGCAUGACUAAGCCGCUUCUGGCAAACCAGAGCAGCACACGGAAAUGCCGUUUACCUUCCCAUGGGAGCGGUACCUAUUUAUCUACUUGCACUUUGACGUGCUUUUGAACUGCUAGGUUGGCAGGAGCUGGGACCGAACAAUGGGAGCUCACCCCGUCGCGGGGAUUCGAACCGCCAACCUUCUGAUCGGCAAGUCCUAGGCUUUGUGGUUUAACCCACAGCGCCACCCACGUCCCAGGUGUGGGGUUAGAGUGGUUCAAAUUACCAGUUCAAACCUCCACUUGGCUGGGAGCUCACUGGAUGACCUUGGACCAGUCACUGCCUGUAAGCCUAACCUACUUCACAGGGUUGCUUUGGAGACUAAAUGUGGGGUGGGUGGGGUGGACCAUGCACACCACCUUGAUCUCCUUGGAGAAAAGGGUAGGAUAUAAAUGCAAUGCAAUGCAGUAAUACUGACCACAAAUAAACAAGGAAAUGCAUACAUAAAAAUAACUGUUCUGACUAAUUUCUGUCCUGUUAAAUUUAAUCCAGAUGAUUUUUCUUUUCCUUUGUUGUCUAGGGCGCGGUAUUACUGUAGACAAUGCCACAGUGACAUUCUGAAUCCAGAGCUAAUUGUAAAGUGUCGUUGCAAAAUGAAAGUCCCAAGAAAAUCCUCAAUCUCCCUUUCUGGUAAAUUCUCCCUACAUUUCAGACUGGACUAACCAUGUAUAAGUCAGAGGUGGAUUACAUAGCUAGCCUGCAAGUCCGUCAUCUACCAAUUUUAUUUUGAUAUAAAAUGUAUAUCUCCAAAGAUACGGGGGAAAGGAGACUCUUGUGCUCAUAGCUGUGUGGUUUAGUAACACCACAUGCAUGGCAAAAGGCAGUUUAUAGCAGUACUAGACUAGACUACUGCAAUGCAUUCUAUGUGGGGCUGACUUUGAAGAUAGUUCAGAAGCUGGAGCUUAAUUUGGUGGCUAGACUUAUAACUAUGACAAGGAGGACCAAGCUUACAACACUGGUACAUCUACACAAGCUUGUGCUUGGUUUCCAUACCAAAUUCAAAGGGCUGAUUUUAACCUGUCAAGUCUUAUAUAGCCCAGGACCCCACUACCCUUUCCCAUAUGAACCUGCCUGGACCCUCUUGCCAUCUUCAGAAGCCCUUCUCAGAGGACUCCAUUCGGGGGAAGGUACAGAGGGAGACAGCACAAGAAAAGGCCUUUUCAGCAGUGGCUCUCCAUUUUUGGAAUGCUCUUCCUAGGGAGGUGAACCUGGCUCCAAGUCUAAGAUCUAUUUGGUGCCCUCGCUGAAGUAGGGUUUUUGUUUAGUGGGAAGGAUGAGCUGCCACUGCAGUCCAGUGUGUGCAGGGGCAUCAGAAAGUGGUUGUAGGGGCAUGAGAUUGCCAAUUGGCUAGCCAUCCUUUACCAAGCUGCUGUCAGCGAGCCAAUUGGCUACCCAAUUUUAGGACCACAUGCCUGCAUGGCGCUGACUGAAGCACCCUCUGCUUCCAUAAUCACUGCCUUCUGGUGUUUAGUGAUGGGAAUUCCUCCUGAUGGUUACUGCAAAGGGAGAUGGCUGCUUCAUUGUUUGGGCUGCUUUACCAGCUACUGCUGAGCACAAUUGUAGCCACUUGGGUCUUUGUUACUGGGAGCCAUGCUUGUGCUAAGUUGCUAAAACAGCACAAGGCAGCCCUCAGCAACCUGGUGCUCUACACAGCUUUUUUGAAGCUAUGUUUGAACCACAGCUCCCAUCAAGCCCAUCCUUGCUGGCUGGGGCUGAUGGAAGUUGUAGUCCAAAACAUCCGGAGGCUACUAGGUUAAUGAAGAUGAGCACAGAGGCUCACCAAACAGGAACAUUUAUCUCUCAGAGUAUGUGAAGCUAUAGUUAAUGCCAGCUUUAGAGAACUGUUACUCCCACAGAGUGUUUGAACUGGCCAUGGUCUGUUCAAGGAUUUAUUCUUAAACAUUCUAUCUUUUAUUUGAACAGCAGAUGGCAGGCAAGCCCCAUUGCUAACCCGACUGUUUUGUUGCCUUGGUAGAUUUCGCAGGAACACACAUCCUCAGUGAGAUCUCAGAAGUGCACACCUGUGGGCUUGUUCACACAUUACAUUCAUGAGAGAUAGGGGUGGGAGGGGAAAUUCAGUUCAGUUCACUUUUAACAUGAACCUACUGAAUUCACACUUCCCCAAACCAAUCUGUGAAACGAAAGACAGCUAUCCUUUGAAAUUCUCACUUUCUCUGAAUUUUGUGCAGUAUUUCCCCAACCACAUAAUAUCUAUGCAAAUGUAUAUAUUAGGGGAAAGUGUGCAUUUAAAAAUUCAUAUAUUAGUGAAAAUAGAACACAUUACAUUAGAGGAAAUUGGCUGUAAUAAUAUUUAGGGUUGGAUAAACAUCUUACAAAACAAAUGUGCAUGUUUAUGAGGAGAAAUCUGCACUAAAAUGCUGAAGAAGUCUCACGAGGUCUAGCAAACUGACAUGCAAAUGUAGAAAACCCAAUGUAAGCAUUUGCCUAUCUUCAGACGAAUGUGAUUUCUCUAUAGUGUUCACUUUGGUGUCGGUUCCAUGGCUACAUAAAAUAAAAAAGCUACUGCUCAGCCCAGUGUGGUUUCUUGUAAUUCCACAGCAUUCAAUUUCCGCUGAAGGUCUAGUAAGUUCUCUUCCACACACCAAGCAAAUGGAGCAUCUUUGGCCAAUGACUCAGUGGCUCUGGGACAGUGGACAGAUGGGGCAUAAGUUUCCCACAGUGCCCUUGCAAGAGUCUACAAGAAGUUGUAUUAUCCCAUGGGAGCUCACAUGGCGUGGGAAAGGCCAAGUGCUUAAAAGCUUCACCCACAAGUAGAUUGGGCACUUUUUGCCCGGUGAGCUAUCGCACCUGCCCACCUGUGAUGUUAGUGGCCUCACUGAGCUCCUUGGGUCAGUGAUUAACAGGGGCAGAAAGGGAUUUUUCUCUCAACGUCAGUUGGCUCUUAAUGAGUGCUUCAUCAUGUUAAGCAUUCUCAAUAUUCUGUAAUAACUCUGUGUGGUUAUGGUAUUGGGUAGGAUCAUAAUAGUAAGGUGGGGGGAAUAAGGGGCCUGGAGGAAAUAUAGGUUCAGGGUAUGCUCCUAGCUGAGGUGGAGCCCUGCCAGGUCAGAAUGUCUCCCCUUAUUGCCCCGUGGGAUCCUGGAUGCUGUCCUGUCCUGUAUGGCAGCCAGGGUCUAACACCAGGCAACUUCCAUGGAAGGCUGCACUGGACUGUGCAACCGCAACCAUUGAACGGAAUGCCAUUCCAACAGCACGUGCAGAUGGGAAUCAAUAAUUGAUCCUUUAAAUAUUCUCCAUUCCUUAUUGACACUCUGUUUCAUGCCGUUUCUUACUCUUCCUGAUAACUUUUAUAUUUAAAGAAUACUUUAAAAAUCAUUAUAAGAAUGAAAUUCUCUUAGCAGAACUAGACUGAUUCUUGCAAAACAAAAACUGUAAAUAAUAUUAUGUUAGGAUAUAUGAAGAUAACUGAAUGUAAUAUGAGGCUGUGCGUUAUAAAGGAAAGAAUAGACACAGUAAAUUAAAAUUUUUACAAGUCUUUUAAAAGUUUAUUUAUAGAAAUCUUUUUUCUUUUUCCCCCUUUCCCCCUUCUUUUUACGAAAUUUUAUUUGUAUGAACAUAAAGGACAAUUUGUUAUUAUAUUCGUACAGAAGAAUUGUAUAAAAUUAUGUACUUGUUUUUCCUUAUCUUCUUCUUCUUCCUUCUUUUUUCUUUGUUCCAGCUUUGGUAUUGAAUAUUGUUGUAUAUAUAAACUUCUCUUUUUUUAGUUGAAACGAAUAAAGAUAUAAUAAUAAUAAUAAUAAUAAUAAUAAUAAUAAUAAUAAUAAUUGAUCCUUGCCCUACUACCAUGCCAACCCCUCUUACCUGCUUUAUAAUCACUAAAAUUUCACCCAACACUGUUACCUGGUGUGUGAUAACAGUGUGAAUAUCUCCAUGAAGCCCCCUCCCAAAGUGUGUCUACCUCUUUCUAAAGGCCAGUAUCACCAGCUGUUCCUGCUAAAGCUCAGUACUGCUAUCACCUCCUUGCCUGCCAGCAGGCUUACCAAUUGGGAGCCAACAUGGGGGGGGGGUCUUCCCAGAAGAUGCUCUGGAGAUCAUGGCGGGGAGCAGGGAGGGUGAAAAUCACCCUCCAUGCUUCCUGCCCCCGCCCAGUGCUUGUCGGAGGCGGCAGAAGAUGGCAGCCCCCUCAAUACUGGGGGGGCUCAGCCCCCUGCCUAGAAAUAUUGAGGGGGCUGAAGCCCCUUCUGCCCUCUAUAGCUGGUGCCCCUGCUUGCCAGACAGAGAACCAUCAAGGCACCAGACAUUGACAGGGGCGGAGGAACGGGGGUGGGUGGGGGUGGGCUGCCCCGGGUCUCACCACUGAGGGGGUGACAAAAUGCCGGACAAAAUGUCCCUCCUGGGAGACACAUGGUGGCUGGGGCGCGCCCAGGCUCUGUGCUGCCCAAACAGUCCAUCUGCUGCCUCCCCCCAGCUGUAGGGCGGCUGAGUGGGAGGAGGCAGGCAGAGUCUGGAGGCCCCCCGGUGCACCCCCCCACUCACCCCACCCUCACCCUGCCCCUAUGGGUAGCUCGUCCCGCCCUGGGUGCACCGCCCCAGGCCCCCGAGCUGCUUCCUUUGCCGCUGGACAUUGGUAGCUACUGUUCCUUGUCUUCAUAGUACCAUAAAUGGCAUGCUCACCAGCUCUGGUCCAGAAAGGACAAGGUGAACAAGGAGGUGGGGGGAAUUGUGAGGAGGUACAGGGAGCUCUUGCCAGUACGCCCACUUCCUGGAACAUGGGUCUUAGCAAGUGCCCAACCAUGUUGAUGUUGACACCAACUUGGGAUGAUCUAAUUGGUUGAACAUUACCAUUUCACUUGGCUUACAGCAGGCUUCCUCAACCUCUGCCCUCCAGAUGUUUUGAGAUUACAAUUCCCAUCAUCCCUGACCACUGGUCCUGCUAGCUAGGGAUCAUGGGGGUUGUAGGCCAAAAACAUUUGGAGGGCCGAGGUUGAGUAAGCCUGGCUUAGGGGCUACCAUGAACCUGAAACUGGUAAUGAGAUGCUUCUACAUGCACUUAUUUGCCACUAUCAAAAUGACUUUGAUUGACCCUAGGCUGCUGAAAAACAAUUAAGACUAGCCAGAGAAGAAAUGGCCUCUUAAUGCUUUUUAUUUCAGAUAAGUUGAAAGCAGCGCAGGAUUCGAGCAGUCUAGUAGUCUCACGCUCCCUUGGAUAUUUCCCUUUCUUGAAUUUCCCCUUUCAGACUGACAGUGAGGACAGGUAAGACAUUGGGGAGAUCUAUGUGUGCACCAUGUGUGCACCAUUUCCUGGUCUGAAUUCCUUGUGAAUUUGUGUGAGCAUGAGAUGGGAGAAAGGAGGUUAUGUUUCUUUUAAAGUUAUGAUGUCUAAGCCUUCUUUGCACUUUACAUCUAAUGCGGGGGGCAGCUGGAUCUGACUGGCUGAAGUUUGUCACUGUUUAUGGUGGGCAUUUUGAAAUUUGGGGAUUCUGUGCCGCAUUAUGAGCUGAGCCCAGAUCAAUCUGAAUUCUGGUUUGAAGUGGGGUUCUCACCCAACUGCCAUUGGUUACAUCUCUCUGCCAGGUCUACCUCUUUCUGAAGCAAAGGUCAGGCUCACUAAUGAUAGGCUGACCCCCCCCCCAUGGGGAUAUUUUCUUACUGCUUUUUAGGGGGAGAAUUCUCCCAAAAAUUCCAGAAGGGAUUUGGCACAUCCUGUAGGUGUGAGGAACCUUUGAUAUUUCAAAUGCUGAACUUCAACCUCCACCCCUGGUGGCCAUUGCCCAUUCUUUCUUGGGUUAAUGGGAGCUGUAGUUCAGUAUUCCCAAACACCUGUCUUACUAGGUCCCACUUAAGUUCCUGUGGGAAGAACCUUGUGUCCCUUUCCACAAGCAACAGUUCCUCAUAUGCCUUGGAUAGGACACAAUGGACUAUAGCAGGAUAUCUAUCCAAAGGCAUUUCCAGAAGUGAAAACAGUGGAGAGCUACUGGGAGAACCUUUAUCACAAUGAUGUAGAUGUUACUUUUUAAAAUAGUUAUUAUAAAGCCAUAUAAAGAAGAAGAAAAGCCCUUGGCCACCUCAAAAGGUAAGCAAAGGAAGUAGCAACCCACUCCUGAAAAAUCUGGAGACUAUUCUUCCCUACCUUCAUGACCAAGUGGUUGCUUUCAUUUAUACCCCAAAGAGCUCAAUGUUAGCCCCCUCAUUUAAUUCUCACAGCUGUAAGGUAGGUUGGGCUGAGAGGCAGUCACUGGUCUAAGGUCCCCCAGUGAGUUUAAUAAGUGAGUGGGGCUUUGAAUCCUGGUUUUCCAGCUUCUAGUCCAACACUCUAACCACUACACUACACUGUCCCCCUGAUUUCACAGGAGGGUUUCAUUUCCCCCAGUGAAUGGCAAAAAAGACAUUUUCAUUUAUUGAUUUAGACACUGUUUUAGUAUCUUCCUUUAAUGAGUUAAGUAAGUGGUAAAAUAUUGGAGGAGAGCAGCUUAAAUGCCCCCUCCUAUAUGUAUGUGUGUACACAGACAGACAUGCACAAGGGCGUUCUACCAAUUUGUUCAGAAGGAGAGGAAUUCGUCAUUAAGUUUACAAUACAGUCUCUCCCCGCCCCCUGUGUCCACAGCAUAAUUUGAAGAAGGUGGGGAGAGAGAGAGACUCUCUCAACCUGCUGAAAUAUCAUUAUUAAAAUGUGCAUGAAAAGUCAAUUAUGCCAGAGGGAGGUAUUUAAGAGAAGCGAGUUUCCUUACUGUGGGAUUACACCUUGGGGAUUACAGAGAUUGCUGAAAUCUUUGCAGCUGUUUAACUUAAAAGAGGAGAGGAUUUUCACUGUCAGAUGUUCUCUAUAGCCCUCGCAAGAGGAGGGCAAGGACUGAAGAAAAGCCAUUGUUCCCGUGGCCCUUGAAACUAACUCCUGCCUUCAAACAGCAGAGGAGGAGAUUACCGCAGCCAAUGUUUGCCCCGUACAGGGCCAGAUUAAGACCUUUAGAGGCCCUAAACACCAAAAAGAUCACAGUUCUCCCCUGUCCCCACUGGUAUGCAACUCAAAAUACAAACAUUACUAAAGAGGAGACUGAGAGGUGAUAUGAUAGCCAUCUUCAAAUAUCUGAAGGACUGUCACAUGGAGCAAGCUUGUUUUCUGCUGCUCCAGAGGGUAGGACCCAAACCAAUGGCUUCAAGUUACAAGAAAGGAGAUUCUGACUAAACACCAGCAACAACUUUCUGACAGAGCUGUUCAACAGUGGAAUGGACUUCCUUGGAAGGUAGUGGAUUCUCCUUCACGGGAGGUUUUUAUUUUAUUUUUUCCCAAAAAAUUAUUCAUUUUAUAACACAAUUGAACAACACAAACAGAAAAACAAACAAUACAAACAAAUUCUUGACUUAUCCUUAUUUUUUCUAAACAUUGUUAGGUGAGCUUUCCCAAGUCCCCACUAUCUGAUUUUCAUUUUAGCUCAUCUUUAGCAGUUUACAUAUAUCAUAAUUUUUAACCAUUUUUUAAAUCACACUUACUUUUACCUUAAAAAUCUUCACAUUUUAUGCCUUACAAAUAAUAUUUUAAAAUACACUAUAUACUACUUCUAAUCCUACCCUAGACAGCAUCUGAAAAAACAGAGACAUUACCUUGCCAACAAAGGUCCGUUUAACCAUAGUUAAAACUAUGGUUUCCCCAGUAGUGAUGUAUGGAAGUGAGAGCUGGAACCAUAAAGAAGGCUGAUCACCCAAAAAUUGAUGCUUUUGAAUUAUGGUGCUGGAGGAGACUCUUGAGAGUCCCAUGGACUGCAAGAAGAUCAAACCUAUCCAUUCUUAAGGAAAUCAGCCCUGAGGCUGAGGCUCCAAUACUCUGGCCACCUCAUGAGAAGAGAAGACUCCCUGGAGAAGACCCUGAUGUUGUGAAAGAUUGAGGGCACAAGGAGAAGGGGACAACAGAGGACAAGAUGGUUGGACAGUGUUCUUGAAGCUACCAGCAUGAGUUGACCAAACUGCAGGAGGCAGUGGAAGACAGAAGUGCCUGGCGUGCUCUGGUCCAUGGGGUCACGAAGAGUCGGACAUGACUAAACAACUAAACAACAACAACAACAAAACCCUACAGCCUAUAUCCACUUCCAAAGCUAUUCUAAGAUUUAAAUAUUAAUAUGUUUUUUUUCAAAUAUUGUUUAAACUUCUUCCAGUCUUCUUCCACUGUCUCUUCUCUCUGGUCUCAGAGUCUCCCAGUCAGUUCGGCAAGUUCCAUAUAGUCCAUCAUCUUCAUCUGCCAUUCUUUGAUAGUUGGUAAAUCUUGUUUCUUUCAAUUCUUUGCUAAACAGAGGUUGGAAGACCAUGUGUCAGGGAUUCUUUAGCUAGAUGACCAUUUGGGUGCAUUCCAAUGAUUCUAUAAAGUGCUCCACUCAGCUGGUUAUGUUUCAUCCCAGCUCUGAUCUCGGUUAUCUUAAGAAGAAAAACAACAACCCACAAAUUGCACAAUGUAUACUAUAUGCAUGAAAGAAGAUCAAAUCAAGUACAGAAAAAAUAUAUCAACAAUAAAACAUAGACUGAUUGCAACACGUAACAAGAUCUGAUUUCCUUGCGUUAUUUCGAUCUGUGUCAGUAGGCUGCUAUAGAAAUAAGCAAUUUUAAAAGAACAGAAAAAUGGGGGAAUAGUAGUGGAGGGCAAGGAAGUUUAACUAAAUUCUGAUUUCCCCCUCAAUCCAGAGAAUCUCCAUAGUUUCCGUUUUUGAAAAACAUCAAGUUGGUAGUCCUCGUGAUCAUAGGCAGAGACGCUUGGAAAUAUAUGGACAGCAUUGCAAUUAACAUCAAAAGAUCAGCACUAAGCAACCAUAUUUUAUGCAUCAUAUAUUACAGAACAUGCCAAUAUUCAUUUACUAUAUUUAGGGUAAAGUUCUGUGGGCUGUUUAGCUGGCUGUAAGCCUUAUUUAAGGUGGCAAGCUGUGUAUAUGGUCCCUCCCCCACAUUUUAUCUUUACAAUAACCUUGUGAAGUAGGAUCAGUUGAGAGAUGGUGAGCAGAUGAAGGUCCCUCAGUGAGCUUUGUGGCUCAAAUGGAGUCCUUUCAGUCCAAGUUCACCACUGUAGCCUGUACACUGCAAUGCCUCUCAAUUGCUUUAGAAGGUAAUUCGCUGGAUUUUUUAUUUUAUUUUGCAGAAUGAGUCUGGUGUUUUCUCCCCACCAGCACCAUUGCAAUGCCCUUGGUAGCUUUAUUCAUUAAUUAAGAUAGUGUUUGUUGACUGACUUGCCUUCUUUAUAUGUGCACCUCUCCCUCUCUCUUUUAAAAUAUCUGAAAACAGCACUUGCAAGUUUAUCUGAAGAAGAAGAGGCUUGUGAUAUCAUAUAUCCCAUAGCCAGAGUUGUGUACAGUGAGUGCCUGUCCCAAACAUAGGGAACUGGUUUCCUUAGUACUAGAGUUCAAUAAAUAUUUAUAUAUAGCUAGCUAUUUCGUUUUGGGCAGAAUGCAGUGGGUGCAUUUGCACACUGGCACUGUUCAUUCAGAGGAUGUGGUCACAUCUAGACCAUACAUUGGAAGCAUGUGGCUUCUUCCAAAGAAUUUUUGUGGGCUGCUAUCAGCAGAGAUUCCACUAGAGGUACUUCCACCUGUGAAUCUGGAGUGAAGAAGCCAGUGUGCCAUACUGGAGGAGUGGGUGGAAGCUGUCAGAGGUGACUAGGGCUAGGAAGAGGGACGCACCCACCGUAUCCAAACCCUGAUUCCAGCUCAGUGCAAAAUGGGUUUAGAUUACAGCCUAAAUCUAGGAUUGACUAGUAAUGAAGAGCAUUUCCUUUCCCUAUUACUACUAUUAAUUGCAGUAGUAUUAAUUGCAGAAGUAUUAAUUGCAGUAGUAUUUGCAGUUCUGGUGUUGUGCCUGCUCUUUUGCUCAUACAGUACCCAGUGUGCUGUAGUUUUACAGCACAAAAAUACACAAGAAGAUUUAAAUGUUAAACUAAUCAAUGAAAAGCACAGCACCAGUUUAAAAGCAGCAGUGGAAAGAUAGACAAAACAGCACCAAAAGUAUAUAUCAAACCCUCCCGGUGGUGGUGGGGAGUUUCAGCCUCUGUCUAAAAGAAAUCAGAGAAGGAACCUAAUAAGAUGUUCCAGAAGCACUGCAGCAGCACUGAAAUUAAGGGACAGGUAUCAUCUAAUCUGGCUCAUUUUUGGACACUGGAUAACAUCCAGCUUUACAUAAUGUGCUUAUAUGCUCUGACAAUCAAGAUUUUGUAGAUGGUGGACUAGGACAACAAUUCCUGCCUGAAACCCCGGGAAGCCUCUGCCACUUCAUGUUGACAGUAGUGAGUAAAAAGCAGCUUCCUAUGUUAUUGUUGGGGACGUGGGUGGCGCUGUGGUGUAAACCACUGAACCUCUGGGCUUGCCAAUCGGAAGGUCAACGGUUCGAAUCCCUGCAAAGGGGUGAGCUCCCGUUGUUCAGUUCCAGCUCCUGCCAACUUAGCAGUUUGAAAGCACGUCAAAGUGCAAGUAGAUAAAUAGGUACCACUCCGGCAGGAAGGUAAACGCUGUUUCCGUGUGCUGCUUUGGUUUCACCAGAAGCGGCUUAGUCAUGCUGGCCACAUGACCUGGAAAAACUGUCUGCGGACAAACGUUGGCUCCCUCGGCCUAUAAAGCGAGAUGAGUGCCACAACCCCAGAGUCGUUCAUGACUGGACUUAACUGUCAGGGGUCCUUUACCUUUUUAUGUUAUUGUGUAAAGACGUAAUCAGCUAGAGCUGGUGUGGUGAACAUUUGGCUCCCGAGAGGUUGCUGAACUACAACUCCCAUAAAGGUCCCUCCAUGUCAAAACUGUAUGUCCUCAGAUUUCCUCCCAAAUUAUUUGGCCUUUCAUUUUGCUUCAGGGUUUCAGCUUAAAUAUCACUAUUAUUAUUAUUAUUGCUAAAUUCCUGGAGCAAAACUCAAUGAACAAGUAGCUAUGCAAAGGUAUUUGUUUACUAUUUAAUAUAUGUGAAACCUGCUCAUAAAACAAGGUGUUGUCCAAAAUCAAUCAAAAUAAUACAACAGAAAACCCAUUACUCUAAGCGAUGUAACCUCACUUAAAACUGAAAUACGGAAAGACUGAUGCAAUAAAACAACUUGAAUCACAGCAGCUAAAAGACAACCAGGAAAUAUAGGAGCUGAAUCUACAUGCCAUACCAGAAGAACUGAAAUAACGAGAUUCUAAAAUGCUUGGGGAAAACAAGGAAGUCUUAGCAUGGCGCUGAAAGGACAACAGUGUGGAUCCCUAGUGAACUUCACUGGAGAGAUAAUUCCAUGGCUUGUUUGGGCAUCGAACAGGAACCCUCUUUCAUAGCUAGUCUCUGAAUUUCAGAAUCAGGGGCUCUGAGAAAAAGACAUCAGCAGAUAACCACAAGGAAGAGAGAGGAUGGGGAGCCUUUUCAGCCCCAAUGCCCUGUUCCAUAGAGGACAACAUAUCAGGGAUUGCUGGGGAUCAGAGUCAUACAAAUGCAAAAGAUGUUACUCUUAUUUUUAUCCGGAAGGUAGACACUUUUGUCUACCUGGGCUCCACCAUAUCCAGCAAGCUUUUCAUUGACACUGAGCUGGACAGUUACAGCAAUGGCUGGCCUCUCCAAAAGGGUACGGGAGGAUGUGAUGCUAAUGACCAAUACCAAGAUGAAGGUCUACCAGGCUUGCAUGUUGAGCAAGCUGCUUUAUUGGAAGUCAGUCGUGGGCAACUUACAGACUCCAGGAGUAACGCCUCAAUGCCUUCCAUAUGCCAUCAGGAAGAUUUUGGGCAUCACAUGGCAGGACAGAGUCUCAAGCAAAUAUGUGCUCUCCCAAGCCACAUUCCAAGCAUGUUCACACUUCUGUCUCAGCAAUGUCUAUGCUGGCUUGGUCAUGUACACAGAAUGGAAGAUGGCAAGAUCUUCAAGGACAUGCUCAGUGGGAAGCAGGUUUCAGGCUCUAGGACUGUUGGCAGACCAACUCUGUGUUAUGAAGAUGUCUGCAAAUGUGACAUGAAGGCUGACAUUAACCCAGCCAUAUUGACAUUAACCCUUGCAGACGAUUGCGAUGCUUGCAGACAGACAGGUCUUCUAUCCACAGCAGUGAACAGAGGAAGGAGGAACGCAGGGAGGGAUGCAGAGCAUCUGCCCCAGCACAACUGGACACCUUCAUCUGCCCCCAGUUGCAACAAAACAGGUCUCUACCAUAUCUGUCUCUACAGACACAGCAGGUGCUGUGACUUUACCCCCGAGGGCGAACUCUUCCGUUGUCUCCCAAGUUAGAUGGAUGAAAGCAACAACAUACAAAAAUCAAGGGUUUCUGACAUGCACACAUGGCUCUAGCCUUCAUCUAGGCAAGCAACAGGCAUCAUCCCAGUUCAAGAACUCAUUCCUGCCACGCAGAAGCACUUGAGGAAGGUGCUGACCAAGAGCUGUGAGGAGUGUUGUCUGAGAAGGCGCCAUGUCUUGUUGCACGUCCAGAGAGCCCAAUAGGUGGGACUAGAGGGAUGCAUUUGGCCCCCCCGGCCUGAGGUCCCCCACUCGUUAGGUACAGGUGUGUGCAUACAGGAGAAGCCUUCCUCUCUUAGGUCAGUGUCAUCAAUCUUAAAAGUUAUAAUUUCCACCUGAUUAUGAUCCCAUAGCGAUCAUCAAAGGCUACAGCUCGCUUCCAUUUAAUCCAGACAUGGUCAACUUUCAGCUUCUCCUUUUUGAAACCUCCCUUAGGCUGCAAUUCUAUACACAGUUACUUCCCUAGGUGUAAUGCCCUCACCCACUGGAAUGUUAGUGAGAAACUGCUUGUUACUGCAUUUGAAGGUAUUCCAAAAGUGUUAGGGGGAGUUAGGGAGUGUACUGGACAGAGUUUGUUGGAAAAUAAGAAUGUAAGUAGAAUGAGAGAAAUCUUUGUUCAAGGGUAGCCAGCCAAGCACAUUCAAGAUGUUUUUGGAGCUCAGUGCCCAUCAGCCCAGCCAACAUAGUCAAUGGUCCAAGAUGAUGGGAGUUGAUGUCCAACACCUGAGUUAUUUUGUAUCUCAUGAUUUAUAGUUUGUUUCCAUUAACAUCUUGUGAGAAUCAUUGUUGCUUACUAACAACAUCUCUUUCUUGUUGAGAUCUUCAGCAAUUUUUCUUGUUUCUGCACAACUUUCUCUGCUUCUCCUACGAGUUGGAAGAGAAACUUCUACCAUAAACUCUGCUUGUGCUGUCAUAAGCUCGGCUGUAGGGCUGGGGAACCUGCGACCCACCUGGUUCUUUUGGUUUCUGACUCCCAUUAGCCCAACCAGCAUGACCAAUGAUCAGGGAUGAUGAGACUUGUAGUUCUGAAACAACUGCAAAUUCUCAGGUUCCUCCAUCCCUGCUCUACUGACCUCAGUGUGAUUUGAUUCAGAGUUAAUUUAUACAGAAUUGCCCUGCACAUGAGAUUACAUUUUGGACAUGCUCUUGGGAGAUGUUUCAGCACUGCAACCAGAGUCUCUCUUCCCCACCCCACCCCAUAGCAUGUAAUAAAAAACAACGCCAAUGUAUAAGUGUAUCUGUACACCACCCUCUGCCAUUUUGUUGCCUGCUACUUGGAAAAAGGAGCAGAAAUAGUAAUAGGGUGAUUUCAUUUCCCAUACCUCAUUUUCUACAGUACUAUACUCAAGGCAGCUUACAGCCCAUUGUUGUUGUUGUUUAGUCGUUUAGUCGUUUCCUACUCUUCGUGACCCCAUGGACCAGAGCACGCCAGGCACUUCUGUCUUCCACUGCCUCCCGCAGUUUGGUCAAACUCAUGCUGGUAGCUUCGAGAACACUGUCCAACCAUCUCGUCCUCUGUCGUCCCCUUCUCCUUGUGCCCUCCAUCUUUCCCAACAUCAGGGUCUUUUCCAGCGAGUCUUCUCUUCUCAUGAGGUGGCCAAAGUAUUGGAGCCUCAGCUUCAGGAUCUGUCCUUCCAGUGAGCACUCAGGGCUGAUUUCCUUCAGAAUGGAUCGGUUUGAUCUUCUUGCAGUCCAUGGGACUCUCAAGAGUCUCCUCCAGCACCAUAAUUCAAAGGCAUCAAUUCUUCGGCGAUCAGCCUUCUUUAUGGUCCAGCUUUCACUUCCAUACAUCACUACUGGAAAAACCAUAGCUUUUACUAUACGGACCUUUGUUGGCAAGGUGAUGUCUCUAUUUUUUAAGAUGCUGUCUAGGUUUGUCAUUGCUUUCCUCCCAAGAAGUUACAGCCCAUAGAAGUGCCUAAACAUACAACAAAAAUCACAUUGCCGUUCUAUAACAAUUUUUAAAACACCCUAAAGAAUUAAUAAAAUUCAGGAAUUCAUUUAUAUACAGGUAAUAUCUAGAAAAUAUCAGAAAGCAAUAAAACAAAAACAACCCAAAGGAUUACCACCAAUUAAUAAUUACAAAUCCUUUCCGAAAAUACAAUGGACAAAAUCAUGUCAUGUCAUGUGACAUCCCCCCCACCAGUGCCUACCAAACUACCUCUAAUUAUCCCCUACCACAAGCAUUCAUUAAAUGCUAAUAUGUUUUUGAUCUCUGAACCAUUAAACACUUUCUCUUUGUUCCAGGGAUAAUUAUAAUGUUGUGGGAUAAUCUUUUAAUGGCUUUCAGGAAACUUAACCCUGGGAUGAAUUCCUCCACUCAAAUUCCACAGGUGGCAUUUAACUAAGCCUUAUUCAGAGUAUACGCACCAGCACAACAAAGUUGGGUCCAUUAAUUUCAACAGGUCUACAUUGAGUAAAACUUAGUUGACUAUUACCCCUUGUGUAUCUUCAAGCUGUUUCUUGCACUGCUAGGACAAAAUCUUAUUUGGUUAUAGGAAGUUUUUCUUCUAGGAAAAAGGUGCCAGUACUUGCCAUGAAGUUGUUGCAGUAAGUGCCACACUUUUAACCACUGUUCCCCCCCCCCUGGGGGGUACUCCAGGGUCCGCUGUGCUGGCACCUUUCCCCCCCAGAUGUUUGGUUACUCUCCUUUUGGUGAAGCCAUCAAGUCUCAAAUUUCAUUUUGGUUACAUUUACAAUCUGGGCAGAGGAGGGGUCAUUUCCUAAUUAAGAUCAGCUUUAGCCAACCUGGUGCCCUACAGAUGUCUUGGACUAUGACCAUGCUGGUAAGGCUGAUGAGAGCCAUAGCCCAAAACUUCCAGAAGCCACCAGAUUGGGGGAGGCUGCAUAAGAUAGUAAUCAUACAAAGCUGGCUACAGCAGCGCACACUGAUUUCUAUCUUGAGUUUUUAAAAACCCAAAAUCUUUUAACCAAACCAAACUGUUUCAUUUUUAAAUGGGGGGAAAACCACACCUAGGUUAGAAAAAGUACACUUGUGUUCCAUCUUAAUUGAAACUUAUCUAACACCUGGAUAAUUGCUCAUAAAUACCUGUUGAGUUGCCAAGGUACAGUUAUAGCAUGUCAGUCUUUAAUAAAUUUCCAGGACCUCAGAUCUCACCCUUUGAUGAUACCCAUGAAAUCCUGGUCCAAAGGCAAGGCAGGGGGUGUCAGUGGAAGGGUGGGGAGAGAGAGAAAAAGUAAUAAUACUAAGCACUCCUGCAUUCACUUAAUCUGGGAGAAUACAUUGCACUCUUUAUGAAUGCGUAGGAGAGGCUGUGCAGGAGUCUGCAGAAAGGUCACUGAUAUUUUUGGAGCGAUAAAUCACGAAAGGGGGGAAAAGAUUUGCAUUUUGGCUGUAUAACAUUCAGGGACGGAUUAGAGAGAGAGAAGGGAGAAUUCUUUGAAGUAAUAUUUCUCCGCUGACUUGUUUUAUUAGCUCCCUUUUAACAUGUUACAUUAUUGCUUAUAGAAUUUCAUUUACUUGGAUUGGCAGCUUGAUAAAUAUGUCUAUUGGCGAUGAUUUGGAUUGCUCUGGGCAUUAAUAUUAUUAAAACCUGUCACAAGGAAAUGUCUGAAAGAUGACUUACUGUAAAGAUUACAGCACAAAAUAAAUCACACAGUGGUAUUUGUUACCGUUUAUGGCCUCUUGGAGCCGAGUCAAUCCCUUUUUAUGUUGCAUUAUUUUUCAAGUUUUUAUAGCUUUACAUUAUAUAUCGCUGUCAGAAAUGAACAGAUGGGGUGUCAAACAUGAGCUUUCUGAAUAAUUCCCACCCUCGGGUUAUUUGUGUGAAGGACAAGUGUAAAACUCUGUUCUCCAGGAAAGGGAGACAGGCAGGGGUGGGUGAAUGUGUUGUUACAUUAAAGAAAGCUUCCCCUCCACCUCCCCCCCCCCCCGUCAGCUGGGACAGGGUGGUUUUAACUUCUGACCUCACCUGGCUUUUCCUCCACAGCAGAGCUUCUUGGGAAAUCCAAGCUGCCUGCUUUUUUUGCUGGAGGAAAAUCUUCAUUGCAAGCAAAACAGGCCAGAAGGCAACACCUGGCACAUCAGAAACUGGGGUUUGCCACUUCCCCACCCCUCUUUCUUUCUGGGAUGGAAUCUGUCUGCCAAAUCAUGACUGCCAUUUGUAGUGCAGCUGAUAUGAUCAAAUGUGCCAUUGGCUCUUUUCUCUGAUGCAUGUAGGAAGGGCGCUAAUGAGGCCCCUUCUUCCAUAAUUUGUUUUGUGUAAGGAGAGGAGUAGCACAAGCCUCAGGCUCCUUCAGCCAUAGACUCAGCCUUGGCUCAGUUAGCUGUGCUUUUUUGCUUAGCCUUUUUCCAUUGCUGUUGUUUGCCUUGCCUUGCUUUGCUUCAGUCAGAAAGAGCCGCAGGACUCCUUCCUCUUAGCCUCUUCUUCUUCUGCCAUUUAUAUGUCUCUCUGCAGCCACUAGGAAUGGGCAAAAUCUGUCAGUUUUGGUUUCUCUCAGGUUCUUGUCUACCCCCCCUCCCAAUCUUAAAUUCAGUCAUCCACAUUUCAACAUCAGUUUGGAUUUAUUUAUUUUUUAAGUCCCUGCGUUUAUCAACAUUUCUCCUAAUAGGCACAUGGUUUUAUGUGCACUUUUGCCUAAUAAACACAUUUUUACAAAGCAAUCUUAUAAUGCAUUUUAAUGUUUAAUGCAUUUAUAAUGCCUUUUUAAUGUUAUCCUGGAUGAUACCUGCACACUUCACCCUGGUAAAUGCAUUUUUGUACACAUUACCUGGCUAGCGUACGGCACUGCAAAAUUCAGAGAAGUGCUGGUUUCAAAGGAUGGUUGUGUCCAACUAAGUUCUGCUUAGAGCAGACACACUGGAAUUAAUGGACCUUAAAUAGUCAUGUCCCUUAACUUCGCUGGGUGUACCCUGAGUAAGACUAGCAUUUGAUACAACCCAAAGCCUGGUCAAAUUAUGUUGCAAGUUGCACUGAUGGCCUCUGGAUUAUACCAUGGAUUUGGCAAACAUGCUUUAACACCCCCGCCCUGCCCCCCAAUUAAGACCACAGAACCUAUUGCAUGUUGAUUCCGACAAUUGUAUGGAUUUCCAUGACUUUCAGCCUGUAGGGUUAUAUAUGUACAUGGGAACACCUUGUAUUUCUAUGUUCUGCCUUAGCAUACAAUGAGAAGUUUAGAAAACAAAGCAAUGGGGUGGGGAAAGGAAUGUGAUGUGAUGUAGGGCAUACAAGAGGCUCACAUGUAACUUCAAAGCCCAUAUAUAGCAAUAUAGGGGAUCUCAACAACUAAAUAUCUAGGUAGGAUCUCUCCAACAAGUAAUCACGUGCUGUGGAUAAACUGGUUAUCUGAACCCACCCUGCCUACUCCAAGCGCAUAAAGAUGAGUUGGCUAAUUGGUUUUGCCCUGUGAACUUGUGCAAACCUGUCUAUUUAUAAUCUGGCCAGCUCCUUAUUCUGUGCUAAGGACAUGGAGAAUGGCUCAACCUCCUGGCAGUGCACACUUUAUAUUUUAAUUACCCACACUAAUUUCUAACAUUUACACAUAUACCAUAAAUCACAUCAUAAUGAUCCUUAUUUAAUUGCUGGACUGGGAACUCGAGUUAAACAGGUAUGAAGGGGAUUAAUAAGGAGAUCCAGGCUCCAAGGAUUGCAGCUGGCUGCAUUCUCAAUUUAGAUUGGGAGAACAAAACAUAAAGCCUUUAGGUAGGACCAAAUUUUGAACCCUUUAGUUCAAGAUUAGCAGUUUAGUCUGGACAAUUGCACAACUCUCAAUUUCAUUCCUCCUUUAAAGCACAGAGUCUUAUCCUCCCACAUGUAGAAAGGGGCUUUAGCCUACUUAUUACAUUAACAGUUCAAUGAAAAGUGGUAAAAGGUAAAAGGCUAUUGUGGCAUUCAGGUGCUCACAUAUGUGACUGACAUAGCUGGGCACCUUUCAGUAGGGGCUGUACCACAAGUGCCGGGAGCCCCAUUCCUCCCUCCCUUGUCAUUUGACCUCUCCAGGGGCAAAAUCAGUAAGAUAAAUGAGUUCCCCUUGUUCCCCCCACCCUCUCUAUCUCUCUAUCUCUGGGCUCAACCACACUUCUGCUUGUCCAAUGCCUGGAAAGCAAAGUGUGGACAUGGAUCUCUCUCUCUCUCCCUCUCGUUCUCUCUCAACUGGAGCCAUCUGGGCCCAGAGGAAGAGGCCAGUGAAUAGGGAACUGCAACAAAACUGGGGAGGGAGAGGACAGGGGGAGGGGGAGGUUCCACUGAGAACAGCUUCUCCAAGCUGCCCUCCCAACCCCCCAACCCCUGUAAUGAGCACUAUCCACCACCCUGUUGACAAGCAAAAUUUUAAUUAAAUUAACCUACUAACUAGCCAUGCAAAUACAUAGAGAAGCUGUCAGAAAUGUCUCAUAAAUGACAUGCUGUCAGUAGAGAUGACUUGAUGUCACCCUCUCUCCUUUCUGAAAUAGGUAAAUAUCUAGGGUUUAGGGUUGCCAUAUUUCAAAAAGUAAAAACCAAGACAACCCAGGAAGUCAUCGAGCUUUUUUAAGGAAGCCGCCAAAGUUGUUGAGCUUUUCUUUACAAACCCACCAAAAAAACCACAAUUUGACUUCCCUAAAAUCCAGGACAAAGCGCCGCCUUUUGAUAAUUCCUCUUGGACCUCAAUUCCGCCUUUGAAAUCCUGGUAAUGUCUGGGAAAAUCUAGAUGCACGGUAGCCCCAUUAGUGUUGCCAUAUUUUAAAAAGUGAAAAUCCGGACAUUUCAGUGAUUUUUUUGCCUGGACACUGUUUCCAACUGCUGUAUUCUGGAUAUGUCCAGGAAAUUCCAGAUGAAUGUCAGCCCCAUAAAUAUCCACACUGCAACAUUGCUGCUUCCCUCUUCAUUGUCUGCCUUUUCUUCUUGUGCCCAGACUCCCCACCCACUCACAUUGUCCCUGGCUAUCAUUUGUAUUCCAAUUACAUACAUAAUACAUACAUAAUUUUAUUUGUAUUCCACCUUCCCAUAGUUAAAAUCAUGCUCAAAGCAGCUUACAGCAUGAAUAAAAUACAUAAUUACGCUCAUAACAAAAGUAAUCAUCAACAAUAAAUAAAACAUAGAAAGUACACAACCAAAUCAAACUAAAAUAAUUAUAGAAAUAAUGUCAAAAACAGCAACACUCUUCCCCACACAAGAAACAACCCUAAACAAUGCUUUGGCCCAAGAGUCUUUUCAGCAGCCUCAAUUUUGUAGCUGGAGUCAGUCAAGGCCAGGUGGAGAAAGAGCAGCAAGGCAGGGAGCAGGUCUUGCAAGACUCACAGCCAGGAUGGAUUCAGGCCCAUAGUGUUUAUUGCACAGCCUGCCACAUCCCUUGCACCCUUCUCAUCUCUUAUUAGAGCAACAGUAAUCUUCUACCAACUCCACCCUCUCUCUCUCUUUCUUUUCCUCCUUUUCAGUAUGGUAAUCCCAGUUAGAUUGCAUAGUUUCUGUGCUACAUCACAGUGUCACAGUCUUUGCCCCUCUGAAAAUAAUACACAACCUGCACCUAGUUUUUCCAAAUCAGGGAUGUGGAACCUAUAGCCAUCCAGAUAGGAGCGGCUUCCCUGAUGGGUCAGAGGGGCAGCAAGAGCUUCCCAUCUGUGGCAUCGCUGCCACAUAACAGGAGGGAGGGAGACAAGGUAAUGGAGGUUGGAGCCCUGUGGUAGUUCUGGUAGGAGCGUUAGAUUGGUUCUGUAAGUGCACCCUUGCAGCCCCAAACUUGUUUUGCCUUACCUCUCCCAAUAUGUGGUAGCGACACUGCUGGCAAGAGAGCUUUGUUGUGGCUCCAUGGAACUGGUGAGCUGCUCCUGCCUCCAGUUGUUGGGGCUGAUGGGGUUGAAAUUCUGCAACAUCUGGAAGGAAGGAAGGUACGCAACCCACCAAUAAACGGUAGAGAAUAGCCCCAAGACUACUGAUAUCAAUCCCUUCCUUUGAGCUCCCAUGUCAUCACGAACACUGUAAGAGGGAAUGUCCUGGUUGUCUUUAGUGUGAAAGAGAAAGGAAGUCAUGAUAAGCUUAAGGGGCUGUUGCUGUAGCUCACCCAAGGCAGAUAGAAGCAUAUGGUCUUCACUAGGAUUCAGUCUUGCUACAAAGAGGCAGUGUUGAUUUGGUGGUUAUAAUCACUAGUAGAUUAUUGCAGCUGGUUUUGUGAUUGAUUUUACCUGUCCACAGAGGCUUUUUGCUGAUUAGGGGUUGGAAUGCUCUAAAUAAUUAUCCUUUUUCAAUUACAAACAGCGCCUUUAUAUAUGUGCUAAUUUAUUAAGUUUCGCACAGUGGGUAGCAAAACACUUUGCUGAGUUGUUCUAAAUCAAGUGGCAUUAAUUUGUGGCAAUGGUGAGAGGCGGCAGCAAAGGCAAUGGAUUUUAAAAAAAACCACAAACAAACCCUAGCACUGAAGUGACAAGGGAAACUUCUUUAGCCUUAGGUAAAGAGGAUUUCCACACAUUCACUUCCCCUACGUGCUGUUCUGAAAAGUAGUGAUGAGGUGGGAUUGAGAGCCCAUAUAACAUAUAUGUUGGACAGAACUGGGAUACCCAUGUUCAAACUCCUGUUUUGUUGUGAAGUUCAUUGGUGGAACAGUUAGUCUUCCUCAGCCUAACCUGCCCUACAGUAUCCUUGUAUGGAUAGAAUAAGGAGAGAUGGUAAUAUUCGACCCUGAACUCCUGUAAGCAAAAGUUUAUGAUAAAUAACAGGGCACCAGAGAGCCACCAGAUGUAAACAAGGAGUGGGCCUCUGAACCAUUCAUCGUUGUAGAAGAGAGGGUUUUGUGAUGGUUUUUCACCCUACUGCUCCUCCCCAAAGUUCACCAUCCUCUGUACAACAUGCAGUAACGUUUAUAGAUCUCUGUUGUUCCGUUAUUUCUAUUUAUUUUAUUAUUUAUUCAAUUUGCCAGUCACUUUAUCUUGCCCACAGCAAUCCAAAGCGAAUAACAAGCAAACAAACAUACAAGAACCCCCACAUAGAUACAUUAAACCCAAGAGGAAAGAGAAAUACAUUAAAAACAUCUCACCCACUUCUGAAAGGAAACAGAUUGUUAAAGGUCUGAAAGUUUUUGCUUGAUGUCCUUGAGGUGUUGUGGUCCUGUCCUGAGCUGGUCAAACCCAGCACUUUGAAUUUGGCUCAGAAACUAUUUGGCAGCCUGUGAAGUCGGGCCACGAUUGGCAUUAUAUGCUCAAAUCAUCUUGCCCUGGUGAGCAAGCAGGCUGCUGAAAUUCUGCACCAGCUGAAGUUUCUGAACCAUCUUUAGAGGCAGCCCCACAUAUAAGACAGUAGUAUAACCUAGAGUCUGAGGUUCGAGGACCCGAUCCCCCCCACAGUGGAAUGAAUACACAAGGACACGUGAUAUAAGGUUAAUGGGCAAGAAAAGGCCACAACUUUAUUGAUUACAGCAAGUGAAAAGGUAUUGGCUUAGGCAUUGGAUUACGUCAGCUGACUCCACCCCCUCAGAGAGGGGUGAGUCUGAAACAAGGGGGGUUUAUUCACCAGUAGGUGGAGCCUGUUGAUGCUAAUCCAACUAUAGGCUCUCCCCUGAUGUCACCGAGGGUCAUGCCAUGGCCUCCCGCCAAGCAGGCAUCAGACAGAAUACACGACCGCCAGAUUCCUUUAACGGAAUACCCAAAAAUUGAAGGCAUAGGUGAUGGCCACACCUAGCCCUUUGACACCACGACACAUUAUUCCAAUGCCUAACCUACCCACCAAUACCACGAAAGUUGUGACGAUUGCUACGAGGUAGGUGAAAAAACCAAAAAGCCUAAUGCCAAAUGGAAAAAUUCCUACCAGGCCCCCCGGACAACCAGGGCGACCAACCUAAGGUCCAUAGCAAGGCCAAGGAAAACUAAGACCCUGAGCUCAAAAGGAGUGGAGGGUGGGUGAAUCGCGACGGGUCGACGAAGAGUGAGGCUGAGGAGGGGCUGGCACCGCAGUAUUAAGGCUGCUGUACACGCCCCUCGGAGGCACCUGGUUGGGUGCCUGCCGAUGGGCGUGGGCGCCAGCCAGGUGAGUGGGAGGCAGGGGGCUAAUGCCCCCUGCUAGAGGCGGGGCUCGGGCUCCCGCCCACAACCACUCCCCUCUCUUCAGGAGGAGAGUCUUUUUCAGAACAUACACAAUGAAGAUUUGGCUAUUCCUGACCAGAUAAGGGUGCAGCUGGGCUUGCCGGUGCUGCUGCUCCUUGAUGUUUCUGCCUUUUCACUUGCUCCUUCUGAGCAGUGUUAGGAGCAGGGAUGAGGAAUAAAUUCAGUAUUUUAAUGUAAAGCUAAUGUUUCACACAGUGAAACAGUAUGUGAACUGAAACAUAACCAUCUUUUGAAAUUCGCAUUUCUCUGAGUUUUGCAAUGUGGUUCUCCAAGUAACUAAUGUAAAUAAAAAUGCAGAAGAGGUGCCUAAAAAUGGAUCCAUUCUUGAAAAUAACAAGCAGAAAGAGAGUAAAUUAGUGAAAAUGUCUGGAAAAACUAUCAGUUUAAGGAGAAAUGCAUGUUAAAAUUCUGACAGGAUUUUUUUUUUAGGGGGAUGGGAAUCACAAACUGAUGGGAAACUACAAAAAAAAACUGAUCUUAGGAGCAGAAUAAUGAGAAAAUUAGAAAAACUGAAAUCAACAGAUUUGCCAUUCCCUAGUCAAGAGUCAGGGAAAUGGAGGAGUCUCCUGCACUAGCUUUGCCAUAACUUUGUGGGCAACUGUGUGGAUUUUGUCCCAAGAGAGGAAGAAAGUGAAUGGUCACUCCUUGCCCAAGGACCUGCAGCUGGCACUGCUUGGUAGACGGCAGUUUCCUAGCUUCCUAUUUUAAGAGCUAGAUUUCAAAGACAAUCUUAGGCUUUAACAAAACCAGAUCCAGGCUUGUGAAAUUUCCUUGGAAGACCAGGCCAUCAGUUAUCCCCUUGUGCUCUGUAUCUGUGUGUACUUCUGCUAAGCCUACCUUCUUCCUGCUUCAUUUUCCUGGAGAUCCUCAGUGCAGAUACUGGGGAAUCACCAGAAUGAUUCACUGCUCUCCCAAGAAAAGUAGAUUCCUGAAAAUCUCACAUCAUUUGCUGAGAAUAUGGCAGAAGGGAACAUUAGUUAAGACACAGAGAGAUAGAUGAGCAUUCGCUCCCUCCCCGCCCCCCGCAAUGAUAUCUGGAGAAGGAUGCCUUUUUGAUGAAGUGUAUUUCAAGCAGUCUUGCCUUUUUAUUUCCCUACCCAGGGCUCUGACAGGUGUUUCCUUCGGGGCAUAGAUGCUUCCUAUAACAUUUUGAGUGAAGGGAGAUAUCAUCUGUGACAGCUUGUGUACAUAGAUCAUGGUUUUAUGAUGAUGGAAAAGUGUGCACUGAUUGAUUUGCUGAGCUGGGCUGAGUUAAAAGAGCUUGCAACAAGAUAUCUUCCCUCUUGCCAAAACACAAUUUAAUCACCACCUGACCGAUCCAUCAUCCAGGCAGGAGGGAGGAGGUUUCAAAUGCUGGGGAGGUGCCAUAUGACUAAUGGACAGAAAUGUCUAUUCUUGGCAUGGAAGGACUGAGAUACACUGCUAACAUAUUCUCCCAUAUUAUCCACUAGUAUCUGAUAUUCGGGGAAGGGCUGUAGCUCAGUUGUAGAGUCUCUGCUCUACAUGCAGACUGUUCACCUAGCCUCGCAUUUCCUGUUCUGGUUGGCAGCAGCCCUCACGUUUCUCAAGCUGAAAAUGAGUUGGGAAAUUUGGAGUGGCCAUCUGAGCAUCCUGUCAGCUAUGGGUACAAUACAAUCUACUACUGAGCUAUGGACAAGGGCCAUCGUUCAGUUGUAUGGGUACAAUACAAUCUACUACCAGCUAUGGGUACAAUACAAUCUACUACUGAGCUAUGGACAAGGGCCAUCGUUCACCUGCUUUGUGUGUAGAAAUUCCCAGUUUCAAUCCUCCGCACCUCCAGGUAGGUCUAGGAUGUCCCUUGCCUGAAACCCUGGAGAGCUGCUACCCAUCAGUGUAAACAAUGGCCUGACUCAACAUAAGGCAGCUUUGUAUGUGUUUCCCUUUAAAGAAGCUUAUUUGAAAUGACAAAGAACAUGCCCCUCAACUGUGUUUUGCUUUUUGCUUUGUAAACUUGAACCCAGACACACAUUCUAGCACCAGCUAUUCAUUAAUGGCUGGAAGGGUAUUUGGCAAAGAACUGUCAUUAAUUUCUGGUGCCAUUAAGGGCUCAGCUUGUAUAACUCUGAGCUGGUUUCACGAUGAAAGGGCAUUUGUAAACCCUGGAAAUCAUUUAAGGCAACAAGGCACUCUGUGUAUCUGCAUGCCCUCUUCUAGAAAUGAAACAUGCAGCCUCAGCCCUAUGCAUAUUUAUUUGGAACGGAGCUUCACAAUGAUAAAUGAAAUGAUUACCUGAAAUGUUUACUUUCAGCUAAACAUGGAUAGGAUUGCAACCAUAACCCCAUUCAGGCUUUCAAAUAAACACAUUUGGACUGAAACUGGGGAGAGGGGGCACAUGUGCUGAGUGUACUGGUUUAACCCCCCCCUCCAAUAUUUGUACUUUGAGCAGAAAGGUCUGAAUGGGUCUUGGAAGUGCUUACACUCCUUCCUGUGAUCAGGAAACCAGGGUUCUUGACCACAAGGAAACUUGUAAAUGUGUUUAGCCAAAUGUGUUUACACACUCCCAUCAGACCUUCUGGGAAAGUUGCAGCGGACACGCUCUGGAAUAUUUGGGGCGUGGCUGACAUGUAUGGGCUCAUUUCUCCUUCCAGGUUUAAGCCCUUUGUUUGUUCUUUUGAAUGCUUGAAUUAUAGCUCUUAGGAAAUAUAGGUCAUGAUAUUUGUCCAUCUAGCCCAGCACUUUCUUCUUGGACUGAAAGCAGUUCUCAAGUUCUUUGGCAGAGGGGUUUCAAGGAACCUGCUACCAAAGGAUGGACAAAUCCGUCAAUUACAGUUUCUCCCAGUUUCUUGUAUUUCCCAUUGUAAAUUCUGUUAUCCACAUAUUCACAUCAGUUUGCAACCCAUUUAUUUUUUUUAAAGAGCCCUCGUGAAAAUUCAUCAACAUUUCAGAGUGCAUUCCCCGUAAUGUGCAAAUUUUGGUAUGCUGUUUUGUCCAAUACACACUUUUUGCGCUCAGUUUCCCCCAUCAUAAUGCAUUUUUUUGCAUGCUAUUUUCACAGAUAUAUUCAUUUUGAUGCUCACUUUCCCAUAAUAUAUAUACAGUGGUAUCUUGGAAGUCGAACAGAAUCUGUUCCGGAAGUCCAUUCGACUUCCAAAACGUCUGGAAACCAAAGUGCAGCUUCUGAUUUCCAAAUAUAUGUACAGUGGAGUUUCCUGCAGCCAACUGGAAGCCACGUCAGACAUUUGGGUUCCAAAGAACGUUUGCAAACCAGAGCACUCACUUCCGGGUUUGCGGUGUUCAGGAGCCAAAAUGUUUGACUCACAAGGUGUUAGGGAUCCAAGGUACGACUGUAUUUCAGUACACAUUAAUUGAUUAGAAAAUUCCAUCAUGAAAUAUAGAGAGCUGGAAAUUUCAACAGAUAAGCUACAUUUUGGUUCCCAUAUUUCAUCAGAAAGUGCAAAAUAGAUAGGUUUGCCUUGCAGUGUGAACUGAACUAAAUGCCUCCUGUAUCCCUACUGCUACCUGAUUCUUUUAAACUGGAGGUGAUUGGGAUUGAAACAGUGCCCUUUUGGAAACAAAGCUCAUGCUUUACCACUGGGCAGUGGUCCAUUACUAAAUAUUACUGGAGGGGCAUUAUUUCUCCCAGUUCUGCCUCAUAUUUGCUUCAGCCACUCCACCCAAGUGGCGCUUGCCACAUGUUCAGUCCCUCUCCUGCAUGACAUUUGAAGUAUAGAAAAAAUUUCCCUUGUUUUGCACAACACCCUGUUUGCCACUUCAUUGACUAAGCAAAGAGAAGCCUUUUGUUUCACCCAAGCAGUUGGCAUCCCAUUGGUCUAUUUCUGAAGGUUCUCAGAUAGCAGAACUUAGUGGGGAACUCAGACCCUGCUACUAAGAUAGUUGGACCAGUCUGUACUUAUGCUGGUUUGUGAUGCAAUAGCUUGGUCAAACACUGAGAUACUGGAAUGGGAUCCGAUACCUAUGUUCAAGGUAUGAUGCAACAUUUCAAGUCUUAAUACCACUUCAGUCAGGAUAUGGGUUGCUCUGUGGUCUAAACCACUGAGCCUCUUGGGCUUGCUGAUCUUUGGGUCAGCGGUUCGAAUUUGCAUGAUGGGGUGAGCUCCCAUUGUUUUGUCCCAGCUUCUGCCAACCUAGCAGUUUGAAAGCACACCAGUGCAAGUUUUUAAAUAGGUACCACUGUGGUGGGAAUGUUUCCAUGCUUUCUGGCACUCGUCAUGGUGUCCCGUUCUGCCAGAAGCGGUUUAGUCCUGCUGCCCACAUGACCUGGAAAGCUGUCUGUGGACAAACACCGGCUCCCUCAGCCUGAAAGCGAUAUGAGCGCCGCACCCCAUAGUCACCUUUGACUGGACUUAAUCCGUCCAGGGGUCCUUUACCCUUUUACCUUUUUUACCAGUUCAGCCACUAUAUCUGUUUUCCGAGGAAGCGAGUAAGAUGGAGGAAAAUACAAGAUACAAUCCAACAUGUUAUUUCCCUAGAACAGCUCUGAGUUGUGAUUAUCCCAUUUAUCAAUGAAGCUGCUUUUCUGGAGAAGUCCUUAUGGAUGAGGUCAAUGUGAUGUUAGCCAGAUCACAUUUCUUUCCUACAGCAUCACCCUUAGUGGCAUCAAUAUGAUUUGCUGCACCCAUUGCCUUGCACCCUGCUGCCUACUUGCAAAAGUAAACACUGAUAUGCACAUAAUGUGUACAUGUUUUUGGUCAUUUUGAAACCUGCAGCUGCUUUCUUGGAUGAGUGGAAGGCUCAAAAAUAAAUCAGGGACCACAGACAAGCAACACCGUGUCUGUCAGACAGCAUGUCAACACUUUAACCAUAAUUGUUGGAGGGAUGCAACAACAUGCUCUUCUGAUUGUUCUUGCAGCAAGCAUUUCUAGAUGAAAUUAUCCUGCUUUCCUCUCUCUAGAUGCUGUUCUGGGGUUCUCCAGCAGAUUUGGGGGAGGCACGCCCAGGGCAACACAAGGGGAGAAAGGGGAAAGCCCCAUUGUGCCAGUAGGAUCCUGUUGAGCCCUUCCUCCGUUACCUUCUCCUCCCUCUUUCUCCCCUUUUGCCCAUUUCCAGAUAGUAAGCCCUUUGGGUGGAAAGAACGGAGCCUUCACAUUCUUUGCACAGUGUCAUGUACAUAAAGUAGAUGGUGCCAUGUUGCUGAUGGUGCUAUUGCUAAUAUUAUUACAUCACCUGUUAUUUUGUCCCUUUUUAUUCAUCCAGACCUUCAGAAAUCUUGGAUGAUGAACACGAAAAAACCACUCUAGACUCUUCAGGAAUGUUCCAUUGGUGUAAAGCUGUUCCUUUUGACAAGGCCCUCUUGGUAGGUGCACUAUAUGUAGGGUGGGUGUUAGCUUAUUAACUUGUUUCUAGCCAGCUGCCUGUGCCAGUAACACCUGCAUGGCAUGCACAGAUUUGGAAAGGGAAGCUGGAGGCAGCCUCAUGUUGGGGAAAAGCUUUGCCUGCCAAAUAAGAGUUAUUAAUGCAGUUCCUAAGGCACCAUGUCGAGCCCAAAGUGUGAUGGGGUUGCCUGGGGAAAACAGCCCCUCAUUGUUGGACUUGUUGGACUCUGGCGGGCAGGCAGGAAUAAGCAUUGGUAGCACCCUCAGCCAUACUCUGAGUGCAUAGAAACAGGGGAAGCUACCUUAUUACCACAUCAGAUCAUUGGUCCAUGUAUCUCAGUGUUGUCUACACUGAUUUGCAGUGGCUCUCCAACAUUUUUUUAAAAAAUGCUCUCUUCCAACCCUAUCUGGAAAUGCAAAGGAUUGAACCUUUUGCAUGCAAAGCAGGUGUUCUACCACUGAGCCAGGCCCCUUCUCCAAUAUCUAGCUGGGGAGCUAGAUCAGCCUUUCUCAACCUGUGGGUCCCCGGAUGUUGUUGAACUACAACGCCCAUCACCCCUAGCUAGCAAGGCCAGAGCUCAGGGAUGAUGGGAGUUGUAGUCCAACAACAUCUGGGGUCCCACAGGUUGAGAACCGCUGAGCUAGAUUAAGCCAACAUUUAAAUUUCCAACAAUGCUCCUAAAUGACUUUACAUCUUGGGUAUUGUUGGAAAUUAAAAUAGCACAUACACCUAGCUGUCAGCUAUCAUUCAGCACACUGGGCUGGAUCUAUUUAUUUAUUAACUAUCAGGAUUUAUAUUCCGCUUAAUCACCAAAAACAUCUAAGAGGUUUACAUAAAACAAUAUAAAAUAUUCAUUAAAGAAUACUGAGAAAAUCAAACCUUCAAUAAGCUGACCUAAAAUUUAGCAAAAUGUAAUUAAGGUCAGUUUUUUUAAAAGCACAAUAAAAAUAAGAUUGCAUGUUAAAAUUACAUGCCUGGCUUAGCAGGUACCAGAAACAACAUAGCAAAGGUGCCUGCCUAUUCAUUUCUUCUCCAUGAUUUUAAAAACAAGAGAAUUUUUUUAACCAACUGACAGUCAGAAUCCAGCAGCAUGACAAUAGUUAUCAUUUAAAAAACUCAGGGAAAUUGGAAAUACCAUGCAGUCAUAUCAUCAAGUACAGUGGUACUUUGGUUUACAACCGCUUUGGAUUACAACUGCUUUGGAUUACAACCACGUCAAACCUGGAAGUGUGUGUCCCUUUUUUUUGGAUUACAACCCAUUUUUUUUUAUAUUACAACCAAUUUUGGGGGGGAGGCCUCAUUGGUGAAAGCGUGCUUUAGGUUUACAACCGGACCUCCUGAAUGGAUUAUGGUUGUAAACCAAGGUACCCCUGUACUAAGUUGCACAUCUUCCCAAGCAUGUUGCAAUGUCUGCAAAGAUAGCAUCAGUUCCUAACACAUAUUCAUGGGAGAGCGAAGGACCACUGGAGAUGGGAGGUAUAUGAAGAUUUGUUUUAUGUGUUGCUUUGGGUAAUACUUCAGUCUUCUCCAGAUUAAUGAAAUACAACACAAAAGGUAAUCUUGAGUACAACCAGUUUUCUCAAGGCACAAAUGCCUGUUGUUAACCCAGAGGACAUCCAAUAAAGGGGGGGGGGGGUCAGGAAGGAAGUGGAAGCACCAUCAAACUACCCAUGCACAGUACUCUGUACAAAUUUUGAAAUUUAAAGAAGAACAUGUGAGAAUUCCUAAAUCACUGGUUUCAUUUCAGAAACAAAACUAGUCAAUUUGGAAAUGAACUAAAGUGGGAUUUUUUGUUUUGUUUUUUAGAAGCAUCCUUAGCCCUUCUUCUGCCUCCCUCCUCUCUCCCCAUAUCUCUUCCCCCCACCCCAACCUCACAAUGCCUAUGAUAACAAUGUCUCACACCGAAUGUAGCUGACAUGUAGAAAGGAGUCUAUGAAUUGAAAACAGAGACGUUAUAUGUACCUUUGUUAUUCAUGAAAAUCUUUUUUAAAAAAAAUUAAAAAAGAAGAGGAAUCCUUAGUUCAGGUCAGAAACUGUCUGUUCAAAUGAUUUCUACCACACUUACAAUGUGUGCUUCUCUCCCCCUCCCCCGGACGCCAACUGCCUUUCCCCUCACCAUCUCCUCAUAUCCUAGUCUGGCUAGGUUGUUGUUCAAUAGUUCCUAUUAAAAGGUCUAUAGAAUGGAUCAUUUCCAUUGUUUAGCACCACUUGACAGACUAAUAAUUGGAUUUAAGGCACGUUCUACUAAAUACAGCUUGAGGUUUCAUUAUUCAAUUUAGACUAAUCCAAUUAGUUAAGAUGAUCAUUUAAUUUGGCUAUGAUUCUAAUCACUCAUCAGCAAAGUUCCCAUGACAUGAGUCUUUUAUUGCCCUCUGAAGAAAAGAAAAAAACCAUUGUGAAGACAGUGUUUUAUGAAUGUAAUAGUUCGGCAGCUCUUGAUUGGGAAUGUGGACAUAUACUUGGGGUUUGUAUAGUCUCCGUGAUUUGGCUUGUAUCUGUGCAUUUUUAUUUUAAAAAAAACCAAUCUGUUUCUGAGUCACCCUGUACUCUCUCCACUGAGAUCUGUAUUUUGGGUUCUGAGCUGCUCCAUAUAAAAUGAAUGUUCCCCCAUUCACUAUGACAGAGAAUAUAAAAAAAGCCAUAACCUUUUACCCUUUUGGCCAAAGUGGAUGAAAUUUACAGGGACAGGAACCCCUCCAGAGUGAAUGAAGCCUGCCAAAUUGCAGACUAACAUGUUGUUUGUGUGUGGGUGUGUUUGUGCAAGAAGCAAAAGUGAUUCACUUUCUACCAUAAUAUAACCAAGAGAUAGCCAAGUGGUGUGUAGCCUUGCAUGUACAGCAUAUUUUGUUUUUUUUAAUAAAAACUUUGCUACUUCGCACUUACCUUUCCCUUCUGGUGUUGCUUGUGGCCUUCAAUAUAGGCCUUGCAGACCUCCAAGAGGUAGCAGCAGAGUUUAGAAGAGUUCCAGUUCCCUUUUGUCAAAGCAGAGCAUUUUACCCUUUAAAAAAAGAACCUCCGUGGUUGUUGUUUUUGAAAGAAAGAAAGAAAGAAAGAAAGAAAGAAAGAAAGAAAGAAAGAAAAGACUCUCACCAGCUAGAUUUCCACAGAUCUGAUGCACAUCCCUAGCAUAUACUAUGUACCAAUCAUGGAAAGAUUCCAUUAAUUGAUGGAAACAUCCCAAAAUGAGCUGUGUUGUAUGAUGCAGUAUGGCAUUGAAAUCGAGAAGUACAGCAGAUCUCAAAGCAGGAACACCAAUUUUUGUUGGUUAGCCUAUGAAUUGCUUAAUUAUGCUAGCAGGCUUCAGGGUAUCUUGUGCUUUUCAAAGGGCAUUGCCACUGGGAUGUUGGUGGUGUUCAGUUAAGUGUGAAACUCAUUGAUCUUAGUGUCAGUGAAGUCCUUAAUCUCCAGAAUACAUUCAUGACCAGUGAAGAACAUGGCCAUGGCUGAAUGCUCAUUCACCUAAGAGUUUUGCCCAGUGGCAGCUGCCAAUCACAAGGCAUCCUGUGCUGAUUUCCGGUUGCACUGAUUCCACAGGUUGAAUCAGACCUAUGCAUCCCACCUACCCCAAAAAGCCUUGUUACCAUAAGAGGUGGCAGUUUGGCUUCCCUAAGAAGUUUGUUGUUGUUCGUGGAAUGAAUGCCCCAUAGGAAUGACACUAUCUCAUGACAUAGCAUCCUUCCUAUUGGAGCAACCUGCCCCAGGAAUACUGCUGAGCUGCAUGACAUAACAUUAUUCUCAUUGGCAUGCUUCGUGGGCUGUUGAGAAAUGUUGCUGGACAUCUCUCACUGAAAAAUUCCUAGCAUAAUAAUAAUAAUAAUAAUAAUAAUAAUAAUAAUAAUAAUAAUUUAUACCCCAUCCUUCCUGGUUUAAAAACUGGGCUCAGGGUGGCUAAUAGCAAAUAUAAGACAUUGAUUAAAAUGUGACUUAAAAACAGCAUGAAACAGCAUAAUAUAAAAUGCAGCAUCAAUAUCAAUAAAAUUCAAAAAUUCAGGAGUCAUUUUGGGGAAAGAAAAAAAUAACAACCCAGUCAUAGACAUCAAAUGAUUACCAGGGCUAACUAGCCAAGUUGAUCCUACUAGGGCCAGCAAGGAGACCAGGGAAGAAUUUAAAUGUGGGGUCCCAGAAAGGGUUUCUUCAUAGAAGAGGAAAGGGGAAAAGGGAAUAGAGGAUCAGCCUAAUACAAAUUGAAGGCCAGGUGGAAUAGCUCUGUCUUAUAGGCCCUGCGGAAGGAGAUCAAGUCCCGCAGGGCCCUAGUCUUGUGGGACAGAGCAUUCCACCAGGUCAGAGCUGUCACUGAAAAAGGGGAGGAAUUGUGAAAGUGCGUGUGUGUGCUAGACCAGUGCUAGGCACAACAUAUAUUUCUGCACCAGACACAAAGUGUCCACCCCCAUCGUUGAAGUUCUUCUUGGUAUGGGACCUAAAAGUCCCACACAAACCCAAGAUCCACCACAAUGAGUGAAUUUAGAAUAGGCAGAUAUCCAACUGUCCCAGUUGAGCCAGUGUAACUCUCAUCCCAGUUUAGCCAGGGCUCAGCUGGCAGAACAUAUGCUCGUGUAAGUCCCCAGAAAGUGGUAUGGAAGGGUGUGAUGGGACAAGGAAAGACUGACACCUGUUCACAGCCUCUUUCAGUUCAAUCACAUGACCUGGCAAUCUGGUGGACGCCAUGCCAGCAAAAAGGGUGCCAGACUCAGGCCAGUUCACAUGGCAGUUGCCCAGCACCUGAACAAUGUCUGGAAUAGUUGUAAAUUACUCCAAUUUAAUUUCAACUGACAUAAAUUUGGUCAGCUUUUGAUAGGAUUGCUCUGCCUGUAUCUGAAAGACUGCCUAUCCAAGCCUUCAGAUCAUCAAGUGAUGUCUUUCUUCUAGAAUAUCCAGCCACUAAGAUACAGAAAAUGGCAACAACAGAAAGGGCCUUUCCAGCAGUGGCCCCUCAGUUGUGAAAUGUCCUUCCCAGAAAGGCUUAACUGUUGCCUACUUUAAUGGCUUUUCAGUACCAAGGACAGACACACAGACACACACUGCCCACAGGACUUUUAAAAUGUUAACAUUUAGUUUUUAAAAGGCAACAUAUGGCUAUUUAGCUCUGUGAUAUUUUAAUUAUUUCAGCUUUCUGUUCAAAUUGGUACUUCAAUGUUUUAAUUUCUUGAUCUCUGCAUUAAAGUGAUUUAUUUUGAUUUCAAAAUUGUCUUAUUUGCUGCUUCUUAACUUGUUUUAUCAUAACACUGAUUUUGAAUAGGUUUUUGUUUCUUCGUUGUUGGUUUUUUAAAUGUACAUUGCCCAGAUAAUUGCUUAUGGGUGUCUGUUCAGUUGAAUGAAUUUGAUUUCCUAUGAAUCACUGGUCUUUUAAAGAAGAGAAGUGUCAACAUUUAAACUGAAAUCCACGUUCCAAACCACAGAAGUUGAAAUCCUAGAAUAUCACACUUGAAAUUCUGAUCUUGGGAGGGGGAGGGGGAGGGGGAGGGGGAGGAGGUUCCCCUCCAUAAGCGAAAAAAUACAAUUUGGAAUAGUGUGAUACAUUCUGAAUUUCAGAUUUGGGCAGGGAAAUUAAAUUGGUAUCCUCCCUUCUCAGUUUGUUUCAACCACCAGUCUUUGACCUGACCUCUGUUGCUUUCCCUUGCUGUCACUAUCCUUUUGCCUGCCCUUUCCAAGAAAACUGGUAGGACUAGGUGGAAGGAGAAGGAACCAAAGACUCUUGAUAGUCACUCCCUUUGCUCCUCUCCCUCUCGAUAAUGGUAUGAACUGAGUCCAAGGGGAGAAGGUAAAUAAUACAAUAAUAUAAUAUAUAAUUAUUUAUAAUUUAUACCCUGCCCAUCUGGCUGGGUUUCCCCAGCCACUCUGGGCGGCUUCCAACCGAAUAUUAAAAACAAUACAGCGUCAGACAUUAAAAACUAAACAGGGCCGCCUUCAGUUGUCUUUUAAAAGUAAAGUAGUUGUUUAUUGCCUUAACAUCUGCUGGGGGGGGGGCGUUCCACAGGGCAGGCGCCACUACGGAGAAGGCCCUCUGCCUGGUUCCCUGUAACCUCACUUCUCACAGUGAGGGAACUGCCAGAAGACCCUUGGCGCUGGACCUCAGUGUCUGGGCUGAACGAUGGGGGUGGAGACGCUCCUUCAGGUAUACAGGACCGAGGGUGUUUAGGGCUUUCAAGGUCAGCACCAACACUUUGAAUUGUGCUCAGAAACGUACUGGGAGCCAAUGAAGAUCUUUCAGGACCGGUGUUAUAUGGUCUCGGCGGCCACUCCCAGUCACCAGUCUAGCUGCCACAUUCUGGAUUAAUUGCAGUCACAAUGAAUGGGUAGUUGUCGCUGUGACAGAAGUGAGCAAGCAUAAUAUUGAAGGGCCCACCAAAAUCUGAAAGCAGCACAUAUGACAUUAUAUCAAGGAUCCCUUUCCCAACAUGAGAACCGCCCCCUUUCCCUUUAACUAUUUUUCUAAAAUAAUGUUUCAUUUCUUAAUAUAGUUCUGUUUUGUCCUGUUUAGAAGCGACGCAAGGGGCAAUCCAAUGAUAUGCGUGAUCACAUUGUAGUCUGUGUUUUCGGAGAUGCUACCUCCGCGCUGAUUGGACUGCGGAACUUUGUGAUGCCUCUGCGAGCCAGUAACUUCACACUCAGUGAGCUGAAGGAUAUUGUCUUUCUUGGAUCACUUGACUAUCUCCACAGAGAAUGGGAAUUCAUCCAAAAUUUCCCCAAACUAUUCUUACUGAGGGUAUACAUAUUCUUUACAUAUCGUACCCCUCCCCAAUAUUCUCAUCUUAAAAAUGCAUUUAUGUUAAAAUCAUGGAACUCAAAACUUCCUCAGAGCAACGCUAAUGAUACUGGAUCAUCAAAAUAUAAACAUCCCUGACAUUAUUAAUUAUAUAAUAUCUUCUCUUUGUGGGCAUUUGGGAUUGAGUUGAACACAACUGAUCAAAAGGAAUUAACAUGUUCACAUGGCAUAAUUUAAGGAGGCUAUGCCUUUGGAAGUAAAAGCCUUGUCAAAAAUGAAGAAACAAACAAGUUAGCAAUACAUAAACAGAGUGCUUUCCCAUCAUGGUCAGCAUGAAUAGAUGAAACAAACCUUCUCUAUUUAUUGCCUUAAUGUUUCCAAACAUCUACUUUAUUGUAAGGGUGGGUAAGCCUCUUCAACCCAAGGGUCAGAAAGGAAACUAGCCUACCGUCUUUGAGUUAUUUUUGAAAAGUGGGUGUGUCUGGUCACCUGCCAAUCAUUUUAUGUCAUUAUGCUGUCACAUGACAAUGGAAAAAGGGCUCACGGUCAGCACUGAUUUGCUCUGACAGUGAGCCCAGCUUUGUUAGUUUGCAGGCACAGUUUGGAUUCAGAGCAUUCCUGCGAAUAGAUAUAUUUCCUCUGCAGAUCAUCAGAGCUGUCUGCAAAAAGGAAACACUCAUUUUCAGGAGAGGGUUGAAUCUAGCCUGCACCUGCAAAUGUAUUACUUCAGAGGAGCUUGCUGUCAGCACCAGUGAGCCAAUCAGUGCUUUCAGUAAGCUCCACUUGCCAAGAAAUUAUUUUUCCCUUGCAGACUUAACUCUACCUGCUCCACACCUGAUAUCACAUCAAGUGUGAGAUGAGUGAGUGUGGACACUCCUCAGGCCUAAUUUGAUCCCCACUCCUGCUUUAUGGGAUCUUCCAUUUAGGCAGCUACUUUUCUUUGGAUGUGAUGAACAAUUUCAGCCAAUCUAAUGCAUGGUCACUUUCUCAUUUAACUGACAGCACUUGUUGGUGUAAUUUGAAAGAAGAUCUUGCAUAGGAAAGAUGCAGCCAGCAGCUGCAACCUGAACAGCUUUCCUAUCCAAGAUCCCCUUUGGAUGAGAUGAACAAAAGUCAGUAUUACAAAACUGAUCACACACUGGCCUGGCUAUGCUUGUUCAUUACGUCUGAGAAGAUUUGCCUCAGAAGAAAGAAAACCUUGGAACAUGUUAUUCCCAACGACCUUGUACAACAGCUGCUGGGUUCUCCUUUGGAACUUGGGUUUUCAUUCCGAAUCCAGUGCAUUUGGCUCCAAGAGAAACAUCAUUUGACUUCCUCUUGAGAGUAUCAGUGGAGCACACCUCAUGAAAUUCUUUUUACUAUUAAUGUCCUGUUUCUGUGCAGAAGCUCUCUACUUUUUGCUUUCCUGUUCAGGUUCUGAUGGCCUCCUGAUAGAGCCUCCUUAAUCUGAAAUCUGCCCCUUGUUCUGAAGCAUCACCUUUUUUUUCAUAUAUUCAACAGAAAAUAAGGGAUGUAUUUUAGUCAGUGUCCCUGAAAUGGGACUUACCUGCCUUUAUGGGAUUCAAGUUUCUCUUGAACAAACACCGAAGCUUCUGAAUACAUGUUUGCCUGGCACCUUCAUUAUACACCUUUAGGUGCCAGGCAAAAACAUUCCUUUUUAACCAGGCCUUCAGUUGAUCCGAUUGACAUCCUAUGCCCUAUUAAAAUGUGUUUUUGGGGGGGUUGCUAUUUGGGGUAUUGGGUUGCUAUUUUUAUUUUUAUUAGGUAUUUUGUGGUUUUAUAUCUUGAUUUUAUUAUGUGAACUGCCCUGAGACCCUCUGGUAUAGGGUGGUAUAUAAAUUCAAAUGAUGAUGAUGUUUCAGCUGAAGCUUGGAUUUUGAAGUCUUGCCAGUCCUUUGACCCUCAUGACUUCCACUCCUUUUCUUUUUUCUUUACCAGGGCAGUGCACUUUCCUGUGCUGAUCUCAAAGCAGCCAACAUCCAGUUUUGUAGCAUGUGUGCCAUUCUCUCAGCCCAUGCAAGAGGUCCUGGUGAUCAAAUCCUGGUGGAUACAAAAUCUAUCCUGGCUACUCUGAACAUCCGUUCCUUACAUUUUAAAGCAAAUUCAUCAUUAGGUAAGAAAGGGAAAGAGGAUACAUGGACUUCUCUCCGCAUCAGCUCCAGAGGGUUAGGGGACCCCCUAGAAUAUAUUCAGGGCCAGAUUUAGGUUUCAUGAGGUCCUAAGCUACUGAAGGUAAUGGGGCCCUUUAUAUGUCCAGCUGUCCUUUGUCAACAACAAAUUGUCGCUGCUUUUGUAUUGAAUAUAUGCUGUAUGGUAAUUUAUGGACCUAAUAGGUAUCUAAAGCCAUUUGCACAUGCAAAAUGUAGGCACCCUAUAUAUAGAAAUGAGCAAACCAGUGAUAUUUUAGGGAGCAGGCUAGCAGGCAAGGACCAUUACUUACAUCAUAGGCGCCUACACAACACAAAACACUGUUGCUAUAUGUAGGUUUUGUUUUAUUUGUUUUUAUCUUAUAUUUUGGAAAUGUACAUCCAGGUUUUUUUCCCUUUGAUUUUUUGGGGGGCCUCCAAGAGAGUGGAGUCCUAAGCUAUAGCUUGUUUAGCUUAUACGUAAAUCCAGCACUGAAUAUAUUUAGGGUGUACACGGGUGAAGGCAAAGAAGUGAACACUCUAUUGCGCAAGCAGAAAUCAGCUCCACUUGUGGAGGAAUAUUAUCUAAUAGGGAGCCCAAUAACUUGGAAGUAGUAGUUAUUUUCCUAGGUAAAGGAAGAAACUUGUUUCUGAAGGCAUCGUCACAUGAUCAUGUGGAUAAUUUACCACAGUUUUGAAGUCACUUUGUACUGUAAGUUGGGCGAUAAGACUGACAGUGUGUGCGGGCACCUUCAUAAGAAAGCUUUAACUGUGCAAUGACAGAGAAAAAUUGUCAUGAGGUGACAUUUUCCUGUCAAAAAAAUAUUCCAUAAAGUCUCCCACAGAGAAGGUUAACUGUGAUAGAUGAUGGGGAAUAAAUGCAGCAGACUCAGUUUUUGAGUGUUGAAUCCAGCAAAGUUUCAGGAACUGGAAAUUAGAUCAGUGGUGCACUCCUAUGCAUGGCUACUCUGAAGUAAAUCCUAUUUAGUUAAAUGGGGCUUACUCCAAUAAAAAUGGGUAUGGUAUUGCAGCCUUCAGUGGAUAUUUUCCCAUUCAACAGAAUAAAUAUGCAUAGGAUUGUACUGUUAAUGUGCUUUUUAGUAAGGCUGAGAAGAUUCUCAUCUUUUUUUAAAAAAAAUAAAAUAAAAAAUAAAGACAAUUAAAAACUUGCCUUUUAAACACAAUUCUUCUCAGCUGCUGACAGACCAGUUUCUGAGUUGUUUUGACAUACUGCCACCCUGCUGUUCCCAUUCAGUUGUUAUUUUAAACUUUGCAACAGUAGAUAAAGUCUCUUUGUUUCACAUCAAAAACUUUGCCAAAAAUGCAUUUUUUUGUCAUGAAUGUGAUGUAGACUCAUAAUGUAACUCCCUUGAAUAAGUCGGGGGGGUGUGUGUGUGGAAUCAGGAAAUGAUGGGUCUGCCUUUUUUAAAAAAAAGAUGGUAAUAACUAAGCAGGAAUGUGGAUUUUAAGGGGUUCAGACUCUGUUGCAUUGAAGAGGAAGCUCAGAUGUUCAAGAAACAUCUUCACACUUACGAUCUGGAUGUCUCUGGGGCCAAAAACAACCAGUGGUGGUGCUAGACUUGUGCCUUCAAAUGAGGGCAUGCCUUAACCAUUUCUACAUUAGCAGAAGAUGUGAUUUAAAAAAAUGUCAAAGACCUGUUAGGCUCCAUACUGGCUGGGAGGAAAAUGGAACAGAAAGGGAGUACGGUACAGAGAAUAAGAGGAAUAGGUCCAAAUCAAAAGUCCAUCCACUAUUCCUAGCAUUCUGUCUCCAGGGCUGGCCAAAGGCAUUUUGUUGCCUAAGAUGAAGGACAAAAUGCUAUUUCCCUCCAUUUCACAAUGCAGAGGCCAACCUGACUGGAAGUCGACUCUUCUGCAUUGGCGUAGGGUCAGUAGGCUAGCUUAUGAGGUGCAGGGCAGGUUGUGUGGCACACGCAGUUUUUGUUAGGGUUGUUGCAAGUGGAAUCCCUGAUCUGGACCUUGUACAGAGUAAAAAUGAAUGAGCUCUCCACCGCAAGAAAAAGUUUUACUGCCAACUGUUAUAAACUAGUCACAUAAUAAAUGUUGCAAAUACAAAGUAACACAUUGCUCUUAAACAAACUAUUUGGUAACAUGAUCCGGCUUUCUUUAAGUUCUUAAUACAGUUCAAAAACUUUCCUCUCUCUGGCCCCAGAAAGAUAUCCUAUGCAUGGAACUUGCUUGUUCAAGAAUGCUCAGCUGAGUGGUUGGUUGUCUCUGGUUUUAUCUUCUGCUGAGAGAGAUUGCUGAUUGGGUUUCCAGGGAUGAGUCAUCAGUUAGCCUAAAUACUCAAACUGAAAACUCUACCCUCUUCAGUGCAUACAGUCAUAACAUUUUAUGUACAUUUUAUGUACAUUAAACUUUUAUCUUUAACAGUUUUCUCCUCCAACAGAAAGGAAUAGGCUGGGAAGAUUAUUCAGGGAAAUGUGGUCUUGGAGAUAACCUGGUCCUGAACUAGUUAGGUCUCAGCUAGUAUUAUUAAUGUCGCUUGCUUACAGGAUACAAUGAAGGUACAGUGGAAAUAACUUUGGAGCUUAAAAAGAUAUAUUGAGAGAAUCACAGGUAGGGCACAGACCUUACCUAAAGCCAAGAAAUUGUUUAGUGAUAAGCUGAGCUUCACACAGUUUGUUGUUCAGUGGUAACUUCAAAAGACAAAAAUUGGAAUAAGAUAUUUUGAAAGUUCAAACAAACAGGGUAAUAGAAUCAGGGACGUGUGGUCUAAACCACUGAGCCUCUUGGGCUUGCCAGUCAGAAGGUCAGCGGUUCGAAUCCCACCGACAGAGUGAGCUCCCAUUGCUCUGUCCCAGCCCCUGCCAACCUAGCAGUUCAAAAGCAUAUCAGCACAAGUAGAUAAAUAGGUACCGCUGUGGCGGGAAGACAAACGGCAUUUCUGUGCACUCUGGUUUCCGUCACGGUGUUCUGUUGUGCCAGAAGCAGUUUAAUCAUGCUGCCCACAAGACCCAGAAAGCUAUCUGUGGACAAAAGUCGGCUCCCUAGGCGUGAAAGUGAGACAAGUGCCGCAACCCCAUAGUCGCCUUGGACUGGACUUAACCAUCCAGGGGUCCUUUACCUAUACAAAUGAAGCUUAUAUUCAUCUUCUUGUCAUAGCUUGUAACGCAAAUAACUCAGUUGUUAAAAAAUGCAUGUCAAAUAUAUUUUUCAACUUAGGUAUGAUUAGCAAAGCUCAUGGUUUUAAGGGUAUAAAUAUUAGAUCCCAGUUCAGAGAAACUCAAUGACAUUCUAGCCCAGGUGUGGGGAACCUUUGGGGUGGGGGAUGGGGAACCUCUAGGUGUUACCGAUCUACAACUCCAAUGGCCAGGGAUGAUGGGAGUUGUAGUUCAGCAACAUCUGAAGAGCCACAGCUUCCCCACAACCUGCCUUAGUCCCUCACUUCAUUGAGGCUUCUUCUCUUCCUCAUUGGGAAAGCUCAGAGGGAUCAUAUGACUAGGAUGUCUAAUGAAAGACUAACUCCACUUCCUUAGGAAUUCAUAGUAAGCUUUCAAAAUGUGCUUGUACUUAUUUCAGCUGCUACACUGAGAUUUUUGUUAAAUGUUCUGUGCUUUCAUACCAUCUUUUCUUGUUGUGCAAAUAUUGUUUGAUGUUUUGAAGUUCUUUAUAAAAUAUUUUUCUUUAAAGAUUUUUCAUCGGCAUAAAAACCUUUCAGAACUCACAAUGAGCUCAGGCAGACACAUUUCAUUCAUGGGAGAUCUUAUAUGGCUCAGUUAGCUGAUAACCUUCUGUUAUCUAAAUACAGGGGUAUGGAACUCUCCUAAUAGGGGUGGAAACAUGACAUUGUUUCCCAUAGGAGGGGAAAAAAUAGAUUUCUCAGCAUUGCUGUAAUUAGUAUCCUGUCAUGUUCCAUCACAAACAGGUUGGCAAACCUAGGUGCUGAACUAAAUAAUCUGUGGCAUAAUCUAAACAUACAACAAUAAUUAAGCCUGACAGCUUAAUAUGCUGCCACAAUCCAAACAUACAGUAGAAAUGUGCAAUUAAGUAAUCUUUUGUAAUAGCAGCCUGCCAAGAUGAGAGAUUUCAGGUAUAGGGCUGUGUACUCCUGGGGAGCAAAAAUAUUGACAUAAGGAAACUGUAGCCAGGGCAUGGCUACCUUCAUGUUAAAAUCAAACACUGUCUCAUCUGAAUAGGUGCACUGCUGGAAUUCUCAUUUGAUUUUCUCCACCAGUUUUUGGAGUUGUAUGGAGCUUCCUUAUUAAAGGAGCUUCUUUGUAACGUGGAGCUUCCUAAAAUCUGGUCAGAUGAUUGUCUCAUCAACCUGGCAGAAGCUCUCCAGGGUCUCAGACAGAAAAGGGUCUUUUCCAUCCCCUGAGACUCAGCUCGGGAUGCCAAGGAUCAAUCCUGAGGCCUUUUGCAUUCAAGGCAUGUUUUCCACCAUGGAUAGUUACCUGUCUCAGUUACCUGGCCUUGUUUCUGAAAUGUGAUGCAUCACCAUUCUGUCUUCAUCGUUGUCUUCUUCUUCUUCUUCUUCUUCUUCUUCUUCUUCUUCUUCUUCUUCUUCUUCUCCUCCUCUGGCUUUUGUGCAAAACACUCUCCCAAAUUUGGGGUAAAAGGGGCCAAAGCCAGAAGUCAGAUCCAGCUCCACUGAUGCCCUCCAAUAACCUCAAUAGGGCAUUACAGAACCCUCCUUCUCCUCCUCCCCUUUAAAACGUAUAUAUUUUAGAAAUACUUUUUAGAAAUACCUUUCAUAAAAGCAUGAGCAAUGGAGUGUCACACACACACACACAGACAGACACACACACACAAACACAGUCACAUGUCCUCCCCCACCAUAACCACUUUAACCAUGUAACUGAAAUCUUAAUACACAGUUUUCCUUAUCAACAGAGCCACAUUCAGUCAAAAGAAUGCCUUGUGAUUUUCUCUCUCCCUCCAUUAACUUUAUGCUGUGUGAGAAGAAUGGACCAUUAAUCUAGAAAUCAGAGAGUUGUCCAUCAAAUAGUAGAGAUGGAGAUGGUAGCAGCCAAGAAGAUAGACUGUAGGUGACAAAGUGGGCAAGAACCUCAGAUUCUCUUCCCCGAUUCCAGGUGACCUUGCCCCAUCUUGGCCCCUACUACGUUGUCUUCCUCUUGUAACAACUUCUUACUCUAUCCUUCUUUCAGGCCUUUUCUAUCUGCCCCUUCCUAUGGGAGGAACUGUGGUUUAGCAUAUGUUUCACAUACGGAAUGUCCCAAGUUCAAUUUCUGGCACAGCAGGUUAAAAUGAUCCGGUGGCAGAGAAAGUGCAAGACCCUGGAGAGCUGCUACCAGUACUGGUCUAGAGUGACUGUUUCCAGUUUUGGUUAGCCAUUCCCUAGUUAAAGAUAGCUUGGACAUAGUAAUCCAUGCUCUGGUCACCUACAUGUUAUAUGAAUGUUAUGCACUCUUUUAUUACAUUUUGCCACCUGGCCCUCUGUUGUGGGACUGCGUUGUCCAGCUUGCACCAUGCCCUUAGUUGGCAAAGGCAGCAUCUGGCUUCUGCCAGGUCUUGCAAAUCUGCCUACAGGACUCUGUGAGGGUCCUGCCAAGCUCACAUACCUUCAUAGUCAGCAGAACCUGCCUGCUACCUAGCAUUGGGGUCUACCCUUGAAGAUGGUUUGGAGGCUGUGGCUGGAAUACAGGGCAGUGGCCAUUUUGAGUGAAACCUCAAAAAAGAUAUAGAACAACUCAGUUGCACAAACCUUCCUUUAGCAAUAUGGCAAAUUAAUUAUACUGCCCCCAUAACUUUCCAGUUUCAGUCGUUCAGCCUAUUUGUAUUAGCAUAACUUUCCAGUUUGAGUCGUUCGGCCUAUUUGUAUUAGCAGUGAUGUUUCGUCCCAUCAUUGCACCAGAGUGUGACAUUGGUCUGUUACCUAGAUAUUCUCAAAUAACUGAAAUGAAGUCAGUAAAAUACCUACAGUAAAGUACCUACAGAUAAGGUAUAUGAUACUUAAUUGAUAAUAUUCAACAGGGUGGAUCUGCUCUCUAAGACAUUGAAGAUUUCAUUGUGUUAGACAGGCGCCUCUUAUAGCACUUUGAAAACAUUUUCAUCUUCCCGGUCUGUUUUUUUUAACAACUUGCUGAGUGACUACUAUAGGCCUCAUUGACUUUGAAAUUGGAUUAACUGCUGCACAAAGGUGCCCCCCCCCUUGAAUCCUGUAGGAUUGUAUUCGUCUAUGUGCACUCCGAAAUCUAUUUUAUAAUUCCUUUAUCUCGUGACAAAAAUAUCCCACCAACAAGUUUAAUACCACCCAAAUUCCUGCUUAUACAGCCAAUUCCAUUUUUAAUCCAAUUUAUUUCCACCUUGGUAGUGUGACCUUGUUUUCUUCAUUAGCAUAUGGGAGGGAGAAGAAAAUACACCAAAUGCUUUCCUGGGUUUAAAUCGAGAAAUGGUGGGGGUUAAUUCUUGCUUUAUUUUACUUUGUCUGCAAGCAAAUAAACAGGACUGUGUGUUUUUUAUGUCACAAUCAGAUUGUACCAAUCCUUUAAACUGAAACUGUUCUUAUAUCAUAAAUUGGGUCUUUUUUCAGGUGUGUAUAUGUAAUUUGAAAUGAACACCAACACCCCUAGUUCCCACAGGUUAUUCUAAUGCCUUUGCAGUCACUGACCAGAAACAUGGGAAAUGGGAGCCAGCAGGUUUAUGUCUAAAGUCUUGUGUUCACAGUGCAUACAAAUAAAUAUUAUGCCAAAAAAUCAUGGGAAGUGUAGUUUGUUAAUAGUGCUGAGAGUUGUUAAGAGACCCCUGUUAUGCUCAGAGAGCCACAAUUCCCAGAGCUCCCUGGGAAAAGAGAUUGAUAUUAAAUCCCUUUUUUGUAUCAUAGCUUUGUGAGGGGAAUAGGGGUUUCCUCUUAAAACUUUUAGCGCCCUAAAAUGUAAAGUGCAGAUGGAGGUCUAAGUGAGCAAUUGGGAAGAAUACUGACAGCCUGCAUGAGAAAAAGACACUUUUUUACAGGCAGGGUGGUGGGGAUGGCUCUGGGAUGACUCACAAACCUUAAAUGGCUACAGCUUUGGACUGAGGCGCACUCCAUUGUCUCUUGAGAUAGAUGGGUGCUGACAAUACACACAAGCAUACUGAUGUACGUACACACACAUGCAUGCUGAAAGAUGUCUCUUGCAGACUGGCUUUGGUCUUCAUUGAACAAUGAAUAUAACUAAGAUAAAUUCAACUGAUGUCUUGCUAAAUCUAUUUGUUGAGCAGCUUUCCCAUAUGCUCAAGGCAAAACAGUUAGGAGAAAAAUUGCAAAGCAGACAGGAUCUAAACAGCACUGAAGCAACUCAUCAGCUGAGCUGCAACCCAUAUAAAAAAGAUGCCGCCACUAUUGAAGGCAUUAUACCUCUACAUAGCAGUCACUAGGAAAUUAUGCAUGGGAAAACUGUUGUUGCACCCAGGUCUUGCUUGGGGGCUUCCUAUAGGAAUCCAGUUGACCACUCUUGGUUGUAUCCAACACUAGUCCUACUCCAUUGAAGCUAAUUGAUAUGUCAAACUUUGGUUCAUUAAUUUCACUAGAUGUACUGUGAGUAGAACAUAGUUGGAUACAACCAAUGUGGGACUAGAUAGGCUUUGGUCUGAUCCAGCAGGGAUCUUAUUACUUUGUACCCUCUCUGGAAGGCUAGUAGAGAAGAGGAAUUACGGAAUUUAGGAUUGACUUCAUUUACAGCUUCAGGACCACUGGUUUGACUGACUGAUAUCUGAUGACAAUAAACAGCUCCAGGAAGAGCUUUCAAGUAGAUAUCUCAAAUCUUUCAAGAUAAUGAAGCUUGGGAGAACAGCAUGCAAAAAACAGAAGUGUCUUUUAUAGUUACAGUAAUAUACAAUAAGCACUUUUGGGCAGUCUCAAAAUUUAGCUCUUUGAACCCUGACUUUCUCUUCUUCUUUCUUUUGCCUGCAUUGUUACUGAAAGUUGCUCGAAUGGAAAUCAGUCAGGGAACAAUUGAUAGUCCAUCAGUGCCCAUCCUUUCCAAACGGACUCCCAUCAUCACUGAGCUGAGUAAGUUCUUCUUUGGGAACAAAUUUCACCAGUGUUAUGCCUGAUGCAUUAUUUAUUUACUCCUGAAACCUCUUUAGAAUUCAAAGGCAGAAAAUGACAGCAUGCCGUGUCCAAGGAACAUAAAAAAGAUUUGACUUAAAUGUUAAUUCACAGGCUUUGAAGAAGUCUCAAUAGCUUAUAAGGAGAAUAUAUGUUACAAAGUGUUACAAAGACUCAGCAUGAAACUAAAGCAAAACUUUUUUUUUCCCCAUCCCUGCAACAUCCACAUGGAUGUUUCUGGAGGAUUUGGAUGUGCUUUUAAGUUUUGGUGAGCAUCUAUUCCUUUCAGUCACCGUUCUUGGAUCUUUUGACAGUUUGUAAUGAUUAAAACUACUGAUGUGGCUGGAUUUCAGAAUUGGAGGUGGUUGAAAACAGCACCUCCACUUUGGAAAUAACAAACUUUUUAUGUUCCAAGCCAAAACCACUUUGCAUUUGGGUUAGGCUUAUACAGAAGCUCAGUCUGUUGAAAUAUUCCUCCAUCCUUUCCCCAAAUAGUUACUUUCCCCAGCAGCAACUGGGUCCUCAAGAUACUUUUGGGCUGUGAAGGUGUAAGGGUCCAUGCAAGACCUGAGGAGCAGGCCUUCACUCUCUACAUUCGGUUGCUGCUCAAGGAAGAUCGCCUUUGGGGAAAAGAAAGGGAUGAAAUGCAAUAAUUGAGGGAUUUGGUUUCUGGGAAGGCUGGGGGCAGUGGAGGCCUGGCAGUGAGGGAUUUGGAAUAGUCAAGGUCUCCUGAGAUAUCAGAAACAUUCACAAUGUUCUUAUAUGAAAAAUGCAGAUUUAAAAAGUCACUUUAUGGUGGCUUUUCUGCCCCAGUAAUGAUUAUCUCAACUGAGAACAUCUUUCUUAUUUUAACUAUUUUACUUAAGUAACUUUACUUACUUUCCAAAUAUUGCUUCCCAAAUAUUGUUGGCCUGCGUCUUCCACUGUAUUAAUAUAAAUAUGGGCAUGUGUGGUAGGGGAAAUGUAAUUAAAUGUUGACUUGUUUGUUUUCACAAACCAGGUGAGUCUUAGUACUCAGCCUUGUCACAAAGCCCAAAAGACUUCUGAUCUAUCAUAAUAUAAUUAAUCAAGUGCCACCAAGUUAUAAAUGCAUCUAGCUUGCUUGCUUACUGAUAAUCAUCACCAUUAUUUAUUGUCACAAGAGCUCAUUUCUUGAUUGAUCUCUACUCCUGGCCUCAGUAAAUAAUUUGGUCAUACAAGUCCAUUAAAGCAACCACUCCUUCCUUUCUCUCACAUUAUUUCCAUUAUUUUACAGCACAGGAAAUUGUUGAGUUUAAUUAUGAUAAUUUCUAUUGAUUAUAUACAACCUUGGUGUUUGCAAGCGGCUGAGCUUCUGCUAUUGCUUUGUCCUCUUUCAGAGAUCGCCUCCAAUGCACAAUUCUUUGAACAGAGCAACACAAAUGAAUCUGUUUAUGGAAUGCAUCAGAUAUCCAGAGGAACAGUAUUUUCUGACAGCUUUUUGGAUGCUGUAAUGUGCACUGUAAGUCCCUUCUAGACCUUCCAACUUGAGUCUCAUAUUAAAUCACCCAUCUCUAGAAGACUGCUGGGUAGAAAUGGUUAAGCAUGAUUCUCCACUGAAUUGCUAACCUCUUCCAGCAAAGUUCUACUAUGGGCAGAAAUGCAGUUUGACUUGCUGUCCAUGUUUGCUUUGUUUACAAAAUGUAUUAUGCACUUCUAACCUAAAACAUGCAUUUAUUUCGCAUUAAAGCCAGGAAUUACUUUUCUGAAAUUUGGUGGAAUGUAUAACUAGGGUUUAUAGGAGCAGGGUUUAUUUUGACAGAACUAUUUUUGGAAUGGUCCCAGGGUGCAGUGUAUUCCUGUAAGUACCGUAUAUAAGGCCAGACCUCUACCAUGUUCAGCAAUGGACAGCUUCUUCUGCAACAGACAAAACCUCUGGACGUGUACAUUGAAGUCUAGAGCAGCUCAGGGAGCCUCUGUAUAAUGUUAGGUCUUUACGUGUGUGGCUAUAAGAUUUUCACAUGGUGUAGGAUAGUUUUCUUUGGUUCCUGAAAGGUCCUAGAGGAUGCAAGGACAACCUGGUGACAUCUCUAGAUUCCUGGAAUGGACUUUGGAAUGGAGUUGGACACAAUAAGAAAUGCAAAUUCACUCACUCAGAAUACUAUACAAAUCCACUCCAAUUUGACUUUAGAAAUAGGCUAAUGUUGUACUAAUGAUAGUUAGCACUAGAUAACAAAGUUGUGUGGAUAUGUAACCAAUUAUCCAUAUUAUUAAAAAUCUUAAAGCCAGGUUUGAGUAGAUUUCACCCAUUUCAUUGCUUUGCUGUUUCAUAACUUGCCUCUGUCAUGCAUUCUACUCCUGAAUUGUGGUGUUAAGUGGAGGAAUUUCUAAAGUUCAUGCUGGAAUUAGAGCAUGUGCAAAUUUCUUAACAUUUUCAGGGUCCAAAAACUGCCCAAAGACUGCCCAAAACUAAUCUUGAACAUUGGUCUGUGCGCAGUUUUUACAGUUGUGCAUAUUCUUGAGCAUGGGUAAAACACCACCAAAAUAAUAUUGAUGUAAUCAUGCAUACAAUUACAUCAAGACUGAUUUUGUUGUUGUUACCCUGUUUAAUCAAUGUAAAGUGCUUAAGCAUAUCAGUAAUGUCUAGGUGAAUUAGGAUUUUUGCAGGAGUGCGAUCCUUUUCAAUGAGACUGAAGCUUCUUUUGAAUGUACUCACAUUUACUGCAGGGAUGUUCUUAAAGAAACUCAGCUCUCUUUAGUUGUCUUUCUUUUGACUCUGCAAACUCAAACAGUGUAUAACUCAGCAAAUAAAAUGCAGGUGACACAUAAAUCCGAUUAAUUAAGCCAAGUAUGUAAAUGAAAUCCUUUUGAUGUCAAAAAAGUUUAGCCAUCAUAUGUUAAAGAGCUCAGCAAAGUAUGUAAAAUGUUGAUUCCCUCUGAGCUAGAUAAGCCUGGCCAAGAGAACAUGAUAAUUCUGAAAAAAUCCCUCCUCAAAAAGGCAGAAAAGGCUCAAGUAAAAUUGAAGUGCAAUUCACCAGCAUGGCCUGUAAGUUUGCAAGGACCAUUCAGUUAUUUAAAUGCUUUGCAGGUUUUAUGGUAUUUACUUUACUAUCCUAAUAACAAUAUGCCAGGUUCCAGCUCCUGCCAACCUAGCAGUUCAAAAGCAUAUCAGCACAAGUAGAUAAAUAGGUACCGCUGUGGCGGGAAGACAAACGGCAUUUCUGUGCACUCUGGUUUCCGUCACGGUGUUCUGUUGCACCAGAAGCGGUUUAAUCAUGCUGUCCACAUGACCCAGAAAGCUGUCUGUGGACAAAUGCCGGCUCCCUCAGCCUGAAAGCGAGAUGAGUGCCACAACCCCAUAGUCGCCUUUGACUGAACUUAACCAUCCAGGGGUUCUCUAUUUUUACCUUUACCUAAGCCAGGCUUAGGGAUGCGGGUGGCGCUGUGGGUAAAUCCUCAGCGCCUAGGACUUGCUGAUCGUAUGGUAGGCAGUUCGAAUCCCCGUGGCGGGGUGAGCUCCCGUCUUUCGGUCCCAGCUCCUGCCCACCUAGCAGUUCAAAAGUACUCUUAAGUGCAAGUAGAUAAAUAGGUACCGCUUUAUAGCAGGAAGGUAAACGGCGUUUCCGUGUGCUGCGCUGGUGCAGGCUCGCCAGAGCAGCUUCGUCACGCUGGCCACGUGACCCAGAAGUGUCUCCGGACAGCGCUGGUCCCCGGCCUCUUAAGUGAGAUGGGCGCACAACCCUAGAGUCGGACAUGACUGGCCCGUACGGACAGGGGUACCUUUACCUUUACCCUUAAGCCAGGCUGAAAGGAAAGGACUUCACCAACAUGUACAUCCUCUCUGAAACAAAUAAAUAACACUCAUAAAUAAUGCUACCAUCUACAUGUCAUAUGAAUCAUCCCUUCAGAUUCCCUAAAUACCUUUAAGAGGUUGGGGUACUUUGCUGGUUCUUGAUUUUCUAAUCUUAAGGCCAGGCUUCCUCAACCUCAGUCCUCCAGAAGUUUUUGGCCUACAAUUCCCAUGAUCCCUAACUAGCAGGUCCAGUGGUCAGGGAUAAUGGGAAUUGUAGAGUCAAAACAUCUGGAGGACUGAGGUUGAGGAAGCCUGCUUAAGGCCCCGCUUAAGGCUGUCAUGAGAGAUUUGGUGUCCCCUUAUUUUUCGGAAAUAAUCAUAGUCACCCAGUCAUCUGAAUUUAAUAGUUUGUGGCCCUAUACUGGUCUCCAUGCUGAUCCUCUAUUUUCUUGCUCAUACAUCUUCACAAUAAUAUGGAGAUUUCCAGUGUCAGACCAGUGAGGAUUCAGAUUCCUCACACACAUUAAGCUGAUGGCCAAUACAGCAUGCCCCGCACACUCAAGAGAUAUCAGUUAGAGUAGCAAUCAAACUUUGCUUGAUGAAAUUUUCCAAGAUUCCCUCAAAAUUGUUCAGAGGUCCUAAUCCUGCAGUCCUUAUCCUGCCAGAUAUAUUGCCUGGCAGAGAGGCUGUCCACCACAACCUUCCCUGCUAUUCAUUCCUGCUGCAAAAUGCAUUGUGAGUGCACUCAAAUUGUGUUGUGUGACAAUGAGGCCCGAGAACCCUGAGCAGUACCGUAACGAUGUUAAUAUUUGAAAAGGCAGGCUGGAUCCUUCUGAAAAUGCACAUGGACUCCACAGAAAAUGUUCAAGCUUCUUGGUGGCAGGCAAAUUAAUGUGAAUUAGCAUUGCUUGAUUAUAGGAAAUUCGAAAACCAUUGUUCUAGAAUACCUACAGGAAGGCCCUAUCAAGUCUAAUUGGAUAGACAUUUGCUGUCUUUUGUAUCAUCUGGUAGAAAUGCAUGUUUGUCUUCUGUACAUUUUCAUUGCAGACCUACCAUAAUCACCAUGUGUUGGCUUUACUGCAGUCACUGGUAACUGGGGGGACCAGUCCAGAACUGGAAGAAUAUCUGGCAGAGGAGGCUUCACUGAGUGGCAGUACUAGCAAUGUGGUGCACUUUGGAUCGAGGAACAGGUGUAAACUGGCACUUUUAGCACUGACAGAUUCUCCAAGUGUAGCAGACGGACGACUGGUGAGUUGUAUUUAGUUCAUUUCCUUCAAGCUACCUCUUUUAAGUCUCAUUGAUGUGCUUCAAACCAUCAUGAGCAAGUGAAUUAGGAAGAUAGGCAGCUGUGUUUACUGUUUUCUUGGAUUUGCAAUCCAUAGACUGUUUUGAAUCACAUGCAUGAGCUUUGUAUCCGCAUUCAUAUCAAUAACCUCAUUUAAAAAGGUCCAUUUGAGGAAACAAGAAGUGCUUAAGUCAGUGAAGACAAUGGGACAAAGGCAGAUGAACCUCAGUUUAGAACAUGCUGAGAAAGUGUGAAAUUGGAUGGAAUAAGAAUUGGUCUGAUCCAACCAUCCUUACCAUGUUGGUGCCAAUGCCUUUUAACAUCUAUAUCUUUGGUUCCUUUUUUUAAAAAAAAAUAUGCUGAAGAUCCUGGUGGACCCCCUAAUGAUUUUUCUGCUAGUGGUAGCAAUUGUAAUGCACUGCUAGUUGUUGUGUGAUUCUUAAUUGUAUUUUUAUUGCUUCUUUUAUUUCUUAAGUAUCAAAUUUUAUUGUACUAUAUAAGAAAUAAAAGCAUUAAAAGCACAAUUACAAAUCAAUAUGAAUUUUUAAUGCAGUGGAUGUUUCUGUUGUGCCCACCGGACUCACUUUUCAAGUGCAGCCACUACAUCUGGCAUUCUUCAAAAACAUGCUGUGUACCAUCCAAAUGAAGGUAUCUGAAGAAGUGUGCAUGCACACAAAAGCUCAUGCCAGUGACAAACUUAGUUGGUCUCUAAGGUGCUACUGGAAGGAAUUUUUAUUAUUUUGUUUCAUCCAAAUGAAGCUCAGUUUGGAAAGGCGUGAUCUGUAUGAAGCCCUUGGGAAGUGGUGAUCAGGGGAUCUGGUGCUAGAUAUUACCAGUUUGUAGACAAUGUGACACUCAGCCAGGGGCAUAGGAAGGGGGAUGCGGGGGGUGCCAUCUCUGAAUGGGGUGACAAAAAGGCACCCCCCGACUUGCCCCAUCACCCCCGAGGGAUCUCACCUCUGCAGCUGUGCGAGAAGGAUUGUGCCGCCGCCGCGCACAGAGGAUCGUCCCGCUGCCAAGCAUGGAGGAUCACCCCGCCCCCGCACAGCGGAUUGCCCCUCCCCCACGUGGCAGAUUCCCCUCCCCCCGGAGUGCAUGGCAUGGCUGCCGCUCUGUGUGCCCAUGCAGCCAACUCUGCUACUGUAAUGGUAAAGGGACACCUGACCAUUCGGUCCAUUCGCGGACGACUCUGGGGUUGUGACGCUCAUCUCGCUUUACUGGCCGAGGGAGCCGGCGUACAGCUUCCGGGUCAUGUGGCCAGCAUGACUAAGCUUCUUCUGGCGAACCAGAGCAGCGCACGGAAACGCUGUUUACCUUCCUGCCGGAGCGGUACCUAUUUAUCUACUUGAACUUCAUGCUUUCGAACUGCUAGAUUGGCAGGAGCAGGGACCGAGCAACGGGAGCUCACCCCAUCGCGGGGAUUUGAACCACCAACCUUCUGAUCGGCAAGCCCUAGGCUCUGUGGUUUAACUCACAGCGCUACCCGCGUCCCUCUGUCUGCUACUGUACUCAGCUCUAUUUCUGUGCAUCAUUUAAGCAGGGGGAGUCUCUGUAGGACCUAGGCCAGGGCUUGGAAGCAGUUGUGGGGUGGAUGAGGGCCAAUAUACUGGGAUUGAAUCCUGACAUCCUAAGAGUGGGUGGUUCCUGGAUUCAGGACUUUGGCAGGUUACCUGUUCUCUACAAGGUUCACUCCCUCUAAAGCAGCAGUUCUCAACCUGUGGGUCCCCAGAUGUUGUUGGACUACAACUCUCAUCAUCCCUGAGCUCUGGCCUUCCUAGCUAGGGGUGAUGGGAGUUGUAGUUCAACAACAUCUGGGGACCCACAGGUUGAGAAAGGCUGCAUACUUCAGGUGUGCGUCUGGAUCCAACUUUGCCAGUGGAGGCACCGGUGAACUCGACAGCUACCUGACCCCAUUGGCCAACGCAUUAUAUGUGAGGCCACCACAAUCCUGACUGGAACCUGUGGUAAAAAUGCACAUGCAUAUGAAUUCAUACAAAAUUAAGAAUUUUAUUUUAUUUUAUUUUAAACCAGAAUAACAAAUGAUUCCUAAUCUAUGUGUUCCACAUUUUUUGGGUGAGGGAGAUGGGUGCUUUAUAAAUGAGGAAGGAGAGUGGAUGAGGAGAGUUUCAGAGUUAGCUCUAGCUUCCUACCCUGCUAAGGAGAGUAAUAAGUUUGGAAACUACUAUUUUAAACCAGGGCCUUCAACCAGUAGUUUAUGGGACAUACACAGCAAGGGAGAGGCUGAAAGCCCCUGCAGGCCAGGCAUUUAUCCUUGCCAUGGGCGCAGUGCGAAGCGCCACUACUGGUCAGUUGGCAUCGUGCCCAGGGGGAACGCCCUCUACAUUCCUGCUGCCAUUGGCCAAUUUGGUGGCAGAAAGACAAUGUGGACUGCAAUAGGCCAGUUCACAGGGGAAGCCCAGGGCCUGCCCGCAAAGCCACCCGCCCAGGAAGGUACAAACAGACUUAUCAAUUAAAUUAAUCUUAUCAAGGAAUGUUGAUAUGGCAUUAAGACAAUAUUGUCACUUUCCCCCUCUUCACAGCUCUUCUUUGGGGAUAUCUACAAUCUAGCACUUGAGUUGCUUGGAAUCCUUUGCUUUGGCCUCUACCGUCAGAAAGAUGAGACCAGUCUGAUUGAAAAUAGGAAAGUAUAUUGCAAAUUGAAACGUACAGAUGCCGCUCCGUUUGAGUGUGUCAGUUUCAAAACAAAUAAGAAAAUAGUUCACAUUUGCAUGGAUCAGUAUUGGUCCAAAUAUUAUUAUUAUUAUUAUUAUUAUUAUUAUUAUUAUUUGUAUACCGCCCUUCAUCCAAAGAUCACAGGGCGGUUCACAACAUAAAAAUGCAAAAUGAGAAUACUGUACUACUGCAUUAAAAGAUUGUAUCAUGUAUGUAUGAUACAUUUUAGGGUAUUAUUACACAAGUAAGAAUUAAAUUUUCUCUUUCCCAUUAAGCCCUUCCCAUUUUACGCAGAUCUUUUGCACCAUUAUGCAAGUUUUAAAAAACACAUUCAAAACCCCUUAAUAUAUAUGUCCAAAAAACAAUUGCUCCUUUGAGUGUGUAGUUUUUCAAAUUGUGAUAUUGCUGACUCUUUUUUUCUAAAAACAGAUUUGUGAUUGCUCGGCCACCUACCAAUUUUGAGAUCUACGCCUCUGAUCAGUUCUUUUGCCUUGUCCCAUUCAACACUUUAGUAAAUGACCUGACAGCUGUGGUAAAGUCCAUUCGAACAGUCAGACGAAAAGGUGCUUUGCUGACACCAGACCAAAUGUUUUUAUCAUGAAAUAUGCCAGCAUCUCCCUUCAAAUAAAUACUUUGCUCUUUAUGAAGUGUCUGCAA